AUGGUGAUGGUGGUGGUGUUCAGUAUGAUGAGGAAGGAAGUCAUCCUGAAAUACACUGAAGGGACCUUGUGAUAAAUGUUCUCUAGCAAAAUGUUGUCUACCUGGGUUCCAGGUAGAAUAACCUUUUGGGGUUCCUCAUGGAACCCUCUGUAGAAAGGCUUCUACAUUGAACCGAAAAGGGUUCUACCUGCAACCAAAAAGUGCUCUAAGGGUUCUCCUAUGGGGACAGCCGAAGAACCCUUUAAGGUUCUAGAUAGCACCUUUUUUUCUAAGAGUAUACCGAAGACUAUUAUACAGUAGUACUCUGACUGAAAAUGUUACUGCAGUGGUGUGGUGCCUCAUUAAGAUAGUAUGGAGAAGAAAACUGUUUUUAUUAAAGAAUUAUGAACUCAAGCUGAGCUAUGAUUGAAUGUUAAUAAAUAAUCGAAAUACUGAUUGUGUUCUGUUUUCUAGGAGAGCUGGAGAUUCUCUAUGACGGUACAGAGCGGCGGACACGUUCUCGCCAGGACACUUCCUGUGGGCACCACAUGGGGUCCUUUCGAGGGGAAGAUCGAAAUGACCACAGCAGGAAGUGACAUGGUAGGUUACUCAAUAAUGAACACCGUUUAUGUUCUGGAGAUGUGAUAUGAACGAUAUGAUAACUAUAUUUGGAUGGGUCCAUAUGGGCUCCCGAGUGGCGCAGCGGUCUAAGGCACUGCAUCUCAGUGCUUGAGGCGUCACUACAGACCACCUGGUUCGAUUCCAGACUGUAUCACAACCGGCCGUGAUUGGGAGUCCCAUAGGGCGGUGCACAAUUGGCCCAGCGUUGUCCGGGUUUGGCCAGUGUAGGCCGUCAUUGUAAAUAAGAAUUUGUUCUUAACUGACUUGCCUAGUAAAUUAAAUAAAAAAAAAUAUACAAUGCAUGUUGCAAAGAACUUCCCAAUGACGUCAAACAUUUCUAGAUUUUCAUGAACUAUACUGAUCAAAAAUAUAAACGCAACAUGUAAGGUGUUGGUCCAUGUUUCAUGAGCUGAAAUAAAAGAUCCCAGAAAUGUUCCAUAUGCACAAAAAGCUUAUUUCUCAAAAAUGUUGUGCACAAAAUUGUUUACAUCCCUGUUAGUGAGCAUUUCUCCUUUGCCAAGAUAAUCCAUCCACCUGACAGGGGUGGCAUAUCAAGAAACUGAUUAAACAGCAUGAUCAUUACACAGGUGACUAAAGUAAUACUGUGACACUAGAGCAAGGUGGGGCAAAGUACGGCCUGCCAGGCACUUCAAUCCAGCCCGCGAUACAUUUUUGAAAUGUGUUAAAUAUUAUUAUCUUUGAGUUACGAUUUUUGGCCUAAAAUUACUAAUUCCAUAAUAUACAAACAACCUCCAAUAGAUGGCGCUGUAGCCUGGCAGCGUGCUCUGUAUUUGGGCCUACAGUCAGAUUCAGAAUGCGCUCAGUCAUCAUAGCCACUUCAUUGCUUGAUGACUUUUGACGUGAAAAAUGAGUGCUGCGAAAAUGAGAAAAGUGGACUCUGAAUGUCGUGUUUAAAGAAGAAUGGACAGCAAAUCAAUGAUGGAAUCAAUGAUGGGAACAACCAGGGGCUCUGACUUAUAUGACAGGGUGUCUGCCUGCUUGGAAAAAAUGAAUCUACCGUGGAGCAAACUGACAAACGUCACAACAGAUGGAUCACCAAAUCAAACCGGUAAAAACAUUGGCCUACUAACUCGGAAGAAUGUAUAUUUCUUCACUGUAUUAUUCAUCAGGAAGCCCUGUGUAAAAGUGUGUUAAAGCUGGAAAAUGUUGUGAAAGUGGUUGUAAAAUUAGUCAACUUUAUACGGGCUUAACCAUCGUCAGUUCAUUCAGCUGCUCAAUGACACAGAGGCAGAGCACCAGGACUUGUUGUACCAUUCAGAUGUGCGCUGGCUAAGCCUGGGAAAAGUAUUUUGCUGUGUGUGGGAACUGAGAGGGGAGAUAGGUAUGUUCCUUGAUACGGUUGGUAAAGCUGACGACUUCUCAGAGUUGAAAGACACAGACUGGCUGGGCGACUUUGCUUUCGGUGUGGACAUAUUGGGGCACCUGAACAAUCUAAAUGUGAAACUGCAGGGAAAUUGUGUUUUUGGGCAUGAACUGUAUUCCAACGUGAAAGCAUUCAAGGCCAAACUUAUGUUGUUCUCCAGACAAAUGAGCAGCUGGUCUCUCGCUCAUUUUCCGACUCUGGCCACACUGAACGCGCCCACAUCGCAUGAGACAUACAGUAGCACUUUGAUCGACCUGCAUGCUGAGUUUUCUCGCUGCUUCUCAGAAUUCACCAAGAUUGAGACUGAGAUACCCAUUGUUCACAUUAAGACUUGAAUAACCGUGACUGGGGUAGGCAAGGAUUAUGCUUUUUCAUGGUGAUGGUUAUGCAGUGAGAAUUAUCCAGCAAUGCACUUGGAUACAGGUAAUAACUCAUCAGUCAGAUUUGGGCUGAGGUGAUUGGAUUACUGUAAAUAUGGCUCAAAAUGGAGAUGAGAAUUGUUCUUUAAUAUGUUUUCAAAAACAGACCAUUCCAAAUGAAACGGAUGCUCUUACCAUAUGUUUCACUCAAAUUUUUGAAUAGUUUCUAUUUACACAUCUGCUGUUACAUUUUGCAUGUCUCCAGUCAUAUAAUAUAUAUAUAUAUAUUUUAAGUUUGCAUAUUGUGACUGUAAGUUUGAUUGUACUUUACAAGGGUAGAGAUGCAGGAUCUGUGUGUAUGUUUGACUGUGUCUGUGAUGUUAUAAAUUAUAUAAAUGUAGUGAAAAAUAGUUUUUUUAAAAUCUCACAAAAAACAAGGGUAAAGAUGGUACAAGGGUAGAAUUGUUAUGCAAGCAUAUGCACACCUACAGUACACUAGUAGAUGCGUGUCAAUGUGAAAAUGAAUAAAGGCUUCACAUGUUUUGUCACGCAUAUAGUAUGUGGCCCUUCACUUGGUUUCAAAAACUCAAUGUGGCCCUUGAGCCAAAAGGUUUGCCCACCCCUGCACUAGAGGGACAGAGAAGGCGGACUGCAGAUGGCGGUGCAGAAUGCCUCAUGAAAAAUCGCAAUAUUCAAUAUCUCUAAAACUGACUAAAUAGUAGUACUACACUGAUCUAUUUACUCAUGGGCAAUACCAUUCAAGCUGGAUAAUAACCCCCCAAAAAUGUAUAAGGCUAGAGAAGUUUAUUGAUAAAUAUUAUGAACACAGUCAAGGCCAAUAGAUGUCGGAGAGGAACCAUGGAAUAAACGGAGAACCAAACUCCAAGAGAAAACUAAGAGAUUCCUCGACAGACACUGAUGAUUUAUGCUUUUCACCACCUGGUACGGUAAGAAUGGAAACCGACCUGCUAAAAUCAAUAAAUGACAAAGUGGACGUACUUGAACUUGUCAGUAAAUAAAUAAAUUAGAUGAAGGCGAGCCUCGAAAUGAGUGAUGAAAAAGCUGCGACAAUGGAGAAAGAAACAAACAAGCUUAAAGGUCAAAACUAUUGAAACGAACGUUAAAGAACUUAAAAGGAAGAACAUGUUUCUGAGAGAAGACUUACUUGGAAUACAGACUAGAUCCAUGUGAGAAUAUCUGGUACUUACUGCUAUUAAAGUGAAGGUGAAGAUCCUGAAAGUGUGUUGAAAGAAUUCCUUUUUUAAAGCGCUACAGAUCCCAGGCGAUACUGUCGACAAAAUCAAACUUGAAUGUGUACACCGUUUAGGACAGAGAGGACAGAGAUACGAGCACCCAAUCGUUGCCAAAUUUGCUUUCUUUAAACAUAAAAUAAUGGUUAAAAGCCUGGGUAAAAGACUCGCUGGCACGAAAAUAGGAAUGAAUGAUCAGUUCCUGAAGGAAAUUGCAGAACGGCGCAAAGUUCGUUACCCACUCUUCAAGGUGAAUAGACUUCAAGGGAAACAUGUAGCUGUCGUAGUCGAUAAACAUGUACAUUGAUAAUCAACUGUUCCGAGACACCAAGACUUCUCCAUGGCUAUUUUAAAUAAUGCAAAGUUCCCAUAGAGGAGUAAAAUAAUGGAACACCCAACACUAUCCAUGGUAGGGAUUUUCAUUUUUUUUUUUACGGAAAAACAAUCAAAUACAACAAUUGAUAAAACAAUAAACUACAAAUACACUGUACCAUUCAAGAUAGGGAAUGUUGUAAAAAUAAUUAGUAGUCGACUUUCUAUUCAUAGUAUUUAUAAAUAGAUAAAAGACAGCAUUAGAAGAAAGGAUAAUUAUUGAAAUAAUACAUCUUCAAAUAUAAGGAACUGGAACACAAAAGUACUUAAAAGCCCGAAAUUAGAUAGGAAUCAACAUUGUAGGGAUAAAAAAAUACAGCAAACAGAAGACAUAGAAGGCACAGUAUGUGGGUACAGUGGGGAAAAAAAGUAUUUAGUCAGCCACCAAUUGUGCAAGUUCUCCCACUUAAAAAGAUGAGAGAGGCCUGUCAUUUUCAUCAUAGGUACACGUCAACUAUGACAGACAAAAUGAGAAAAAAAAUGCCAGAAAAUCACAUUGUAGGAUUUUUAAUGAAUUUAUUUGCAAAUUAUGGUGGAAAAUAAGUAUUUGGUCAAUAACAAAAGUUUCUCAAUACUUUGUUAUAUACCCUUUGUUGGCAAUGACACAGGUCAAACGUUUUCUGUAAGUCUUCACAAGGUUUUCACACACUGUUGCUGGUAUUUUGGCCCAUUCCUCCAUGCAGAUCUCCUCUAGAGCAGUGAUGUUUUGGGGCUGUCGCUGGGCAACACGGACUUUCAACCCCCUCCAAAGAUGUUCUAUGGGGUUGAGAUCUGGAGACUGGCUAGGCCACUCCAGGACCUUGAAAUGCUUCUUACGAAGCCACUCCUUCGUUGCCCGGGCGGUGUGUUUGGGAUCAUUGUCAUGCUGAAAGACCCAGCCACGUUUCAUCUUCAAUGCCCUUGCUGAUGGAAGGAGGUUUUCACUCAAAAUCUCACGAUACAUGGCCCCAUUCAUUCUUUCCUUUACACGGAUCAGUCAUCCUGGUCCCUUUGCAGAAAAACAGCCCCAAAGCAUGAUGUUUCCACCCCCAUGCUUCACAGUAGGUAUGGUGUUCUUUGGAUGCAACUCAGCAUUCUUUGUCCUCCAAACACGACGAGUUGAGUUUUUACUAUUUUGGUUUCAUCUGACCAUAUGACAUUCUCCCAAUCCUCUUCUGGAUCAUCCAAAUGCACUCUAGCAAACUUCAGACGGGUCUGGACAUGUACUGGCUUAAGCAGGGGGACACGUCUGGCACUGCAGGAUUUGAGUCCCUGGCGGCGUAGUGUGUUACUGAUGGUAGGCUUAGUUACUUUGGUCCCAGCUCUCUGCAGGUCAUUCACUAGGUCCCCCCGUGUGUUUCUGGGAUUUUUGCUCACCGUUCUUGUGAUCAUUUUGACCCCACGGGGUGAGAUCUUGCGUGGAGCACCAGAUCGAGGGAGAUUAUCAGUGGUCUUGUAUGUCUUCCAUUUCCUAAUAAUUGCUCCCACAGUUGAUUUCUUCAAAACAAGCUGCUUACCUAUUGCAGAUUCAGUCUUCCCAGCCUGGUGCAGGUCUACAAUUUUGUUUCUGGUGUCCUUUGACAGCUCUUUGGUCUUGGCCAUAGUGGAGUUUGGAGUGUGACUGUUUGAGGUUGUGGACAGGUGUCUUUUAUACUGAUAACAAGUUCAAACAGGUGCCAUUAAUAGAGGUAACGAGUGGAGGACAGAGGAGCCUCUUAAAGAAGAAGUUACAGGUCUGUGAGAGCCAGAAAUCUUGCUUGUUUGUAGGUGACCAAAUACUUAUUUUCCACCAUAAUUUGCAAAUAAAUUCAUAAAAAAUCCUACAAUGUGAUUUUCUGGAAAAAAAAAUCUCAAUUUGUCUGUCAUAGUUGACGUGUACCUAUGAUGAAAAUUACAGGCCUCUCUCAUCUUUUUAAAUGGGAAAACUUGUACAAUUGGUGGCUGACUAAAUACUUUUUUCCCCCACUGUAUGUGCGAAUAUAUUGUGAUAGAAGGUGGAGUGUGUGUUUUUGUGUUUGGAAAAGUGUAGUUAAGUGAGUGAAAAAGGAAAAUGGUUGCAAAUGCUAGAGCCCGUGUGUGUGUAUGCGAGCAGGAGUUGUGAUGGCCUGUCAUUUCUCUUUGCUUAUUUGAGCUGUUUUUGCCAUAAUAUGGACUUGGUCUUUUACCAAAUAGGGCUAUCCUCUGUAUACCCCCCCCCCCCCCCCCCCCCCUACCUUGUCACAACACAACUGAUUGGCUCAAACACAUUAAGAAGGAAAGAAAUCCUACAAACUAACUUUUAAGAAGGCACACCUGUUAAUUGAAAUGCAUUCCAGGUGACUACCUCAUGAAGCUGGUUGAGAGAAUGCCAAGAGUGUGCAAAGCUGUCAUGAAGGCAAAGGGUGGCUAUUUGAAGAAUCUCAAAUAUAAAAUAUAUUUUGAUUUGUUUAACACUUUUUUGGUUACUACAUGAUUCCAUAUGCGUUAUUUUAUAGUGUUGAUGUCUUCACUAUUAUUCUACAAUGUAGAAAAUAGUAAAAAUAAAUUAAAACCCUUGAAUGAGUAGGUGUUCUAAAACUUUUGACCGGUAGUGUAUAUAAUUUAUAUAUACCUAUCUUCUUUAAAAUUACUUUAUACAAUGCAAUUGAGGUGAGGGCAUUGGAAAUGCUUUUGGCAGUUAAUCUGCUUCUGUACUGUGGUGGCACUGUGUGCUUUUUGUAAAGGAUGGGUCCCAAUUUCUCAAAGGCCCUAGGAUACAGGUGGACAGGGGUGGUCUGCCAGUCGCUGAGAUGACAAUCCAACUUGGGAUGGGUUGAGGUUUUAGUAGGUUGAAAUGGUGGAGAACAAUUGGAGAUUUACUCAGUAGCAGCACAAUACCAUGGUACAGCUAUAUGGACACUCAAUCAUUAUGGUACUUUUUAAUGGUAAGUUUAAUUAAAUUAAAUAAAAUGUUAUUUGUCACAUGCGCCGAAUACAACAGUGAAAUGCUUACUUACAAGCUCUUAACCAACAAUGCAGUUUUAAGAAAAAUAAGUGUUAAGUAAAAAAUAGAUAAGUAAAAAGUAGCGAGGCUAUAUACAGGGGGUACCGGUACAGGGUCAAUGUGCGGGGGCACAGGUUAGUCGAGGUAAUUUAGGUAAUAUUUACAUGUAGGUAGAGUUAAAGUGACUAUGCAUAGGGAAUAAACAGAGAGUAGCAGCAGCGUAAAAUAGGAGGGUGGGGUGGAGUGGGGGGGACAAUGCAAAUAGUCUGGGUUGCCAUUUGAUUAGCUGUUCAGGAGUCUUAUGGCUUGGGGGUAGAGAGAACAGUCUAUGACUAGGGUGUCUAUGACUAGGGUGGCUGGAGUCUUUGACAAUAGUCUUUGACAAUUACAAACAUACACUACCGUUCAAAAGUUUGGGGUCACUUAGAAAUGUCCUUGUUUCCCAUGAAAACAUACAUGAAAUGAGUUUGAAUAGGAAAUAUAGCAAAAUGCAUAGGAAAUGUAGUCAUUGACAAGGUUAGAAAUAAUGAUUUUUAAUGGAAAUAAUAAUUGUGUCCUUCAAACUUAGCUUUCGUCAAAGAAUCCUCCAUUUGCAGCAAUUACAACCUUGCAGACCUUUGGCAUUCUAGUUGUCAAUUUGUUGAGGUAAUCUCAAGAGAUUUCACCCCAUGCUUCCUGAAGCACCUCCCACAAGUUGGAUUGGCUUGAUUGGCACUUCUUACGUACCAUACGGUCAAGCUGCUCCCACAACAGCUCAAUAGGGUUGAGAUCCGGUGACUGUGCUGGCCACUCCAUUAUAGACAGAAUACCAGCUGACUGCUUCUUCCCUAAAUAGUUCUUGCAUAGUUUGGAGCUGUGGUUUGGGUCAUUAUCCUGUUGUAGGAGGAAAUUGGCUCCAAUCAAGCGCCGUCCUGUUUCUCAAACUAGACACUCUAAUGUAUUUGUCCUCUUGCUCAGUUGUGCCCCGGGGCCUCCCACUCCUCUUUCUAUUCUGGUAAGAGCCAGUUUGCACUGUUCUGUGAAGGGAAUAGUACACAGCGUUGUACGAGAUCUUCAGUUUCUUGGCAAUUUAUCGCAUGGAAUAGCCUUCAUUUCUCAGAACAAGAAUAGACUGACGAGUUUCAGAAGAAAGUUAUUUGUUUCUGGCCAUUUUGAUUCUGUAAUCGAACCCACAAUUGCUGAUGCUCCAGAUACUGAACUAGUCUCAAGAAGGCCAGUUUUAUUGCAUCUUUAAUCAGCACAACAGUUUUCAGCUGUGCUAACAUAAUUGUAAAAGUGUUUUAUAACGAUCAAUUAGCCUUAAAUGAUAAACUUGGAUUAGCAAACACAACGUGCCAUUGGAACACAGGACUGAUGGUUGCUGAUAAUGGGCCUCUGUACGCCUAUAUAGAUAUUACAUAAAAAAUCAGCUACAAUAGCCAUUUAGAACAUGAACAAUGUCUACACUGUAUUUCUGAGUUAUUUUAAUGGACAAAAAAAUUGCUUUUCUUUAGAAAACAAGGACAUUUCUAAGUGACUCCAAACUUUUGAACGGUAGUGUAUAUUAUGACAAAUAGAAUUGAAACUUUUAUCACAUUAUGGUAAAAGGUUAAAUAAGUAUAGCCAGUUAUAAUUGUAAUGGCUUAGAAGAUAAUAAGAAAAGACGAUCCGUAUUUACCUGGCGAAAAGAGAAGGAAUAUAAUAUAUAUUGUUUACAGGAAACUUAUUAUAUUAUUUUAGAUGAAGUUGUGUGGAAAAAGGUCUAGGGGGGAGGGCAAAAUAUACUUAUUCCAUGGGCAAAGAAACUCAAAAGGUGUGAUGAUAUUAAUUAACAAUAACUUUGAUACGUACAGUGGGGAGAACAAGUAUUUGAUACACUGCCGAUUUUGCAGGUUUUCCUACUUACAAAGCAUGUAGAGGUCUGUAAUUUUUAUCAUAGGUACACUUCAACUGUGAGAGACGGAAUCUAAAACAAAAAUCCAGAAAAUCACAUUGUAUGAUUUUUAAGUAAUUAAUUUGCAUUUUAUUGCAUGACAUAAGUAUUUGAUCACCUACCAACCAGUAAGAAUUCCGGCUCUCACAGACCUGUUAGUUUUUCUUUAAGAAGCCCUCCUGUUCUCCACUCAUUACCUGUAUUAACUGCACCUGUUUGAACUCGUUACCUGUAUAAAAGACACCUGUCCACACACUCAAUCAAACAGACUCCAACCUCUCCACAAUGGCCAAAACCAGAGAGCUAUGUAAGGACAUCAGGGAUAAAAUUGUAGACCUGCACAAGGCUGGGAUGGGCUACAGGACAAUAGGCAAGCAGCUUGGUGAGAAGGCAACAACUGUUGGCGCAAUUAUUAGAAAAUGGAAGAAGUUCAAGAUGAUGGUCAAUCACCCUCGGUCUGGGGCUCCAUGCAAGAUCUCACCUCGUGGGGCAUCAAGGAUAAUGAGGAAGGUGAGGGAUCAGCCCAGAACUACACGGCAGGACCUGGUCAAUGACCUGAAGAGAGCUGGGACCACAGUCUCAAAGAAAACCAUUAGUAACACACUAUGCCGUCAUGGAUUAAAAUCCUGCAGUGCACGCAAGGUCCCCCUGCUCAAGCCAGCGCAUGUCCAGGCCCGUCUGAAGUUUGCCAAUGACCAUCUGGAUGAUCCAGAGGAGGAAUGGGAGAAGGUCAUGUGGUCUGAUGAGACAAAAGUAGAGCUUUUUGGUCUAAACUCCACUCGCCGUGUUUGGAGGAAGAAGAAGGAUGAGUACAACCCCGAGAACACCAUCCAAACCGUGAAGCAUGGAGGUGGAAGCAUCAUUCUUUGGGGAUGCUUUUCUGCAAAGGGGACAGGAUGACUGCACCGUAUUGAGGGGAGGAUGGAUGGGGCCAUGUAUCGCGAGAUCUUGGCCAACAACCUCCUUCCCUCAGUAAGAGCAUUGAAGAUGGGUCGUGGCUGGGUCUUCCAGCAUGACAACGACCCAAAACACACAGCCAGGGCAACUAAGGAGUGGCUCCGUAAGAAGCAUCUCAAGGUCCUGGAGUGGCCUAGCCAGUCUCCAGACCUGAACCCAAAAGAAAAUCUUUGGAGGGAGCUGAAAGUCCGUAUUGCCCAGCGACAGCCCCGAAACCUGAAGGAUCUGGAGGUCUGUAUGGAGGAGUGGGCCAAAAUCCCUGCUGCAGUGUGUGUGCAAACCUGGUCAAGACCUACAAGAAACGUAUGAUCUCUGUAAUUGCAAACAAAGGUUUCUGUACCAAAUAUAAAGUUCUGCUUUUCUGAUGUAUCAAAUACUUAUGUCAUGCAAUAAAAUGCGAAUUAAUGACUUAAAAAUCAUACAAUGUGAUUUUCUGGAUUUUUGUUUUAGAUUCCGUCUCUCACAGUUGAAGUGUACCUAGGAUAAAAAUUACAGACCUCUACAUGCUUUGUAAGUAGGAAAACCUGCAAAAUUGGCAGUGUAUCAAAUACUUGUUCUCCCCACUGUAUGUAGCAGCUACUCUUCUUGGGGUCCAGCAAAAUUAAGGCAGUAUACAUUUUAAAAACAUUACAAUACAUUCAUAACAUAUUUCACAACAUAUUAAGUGUGUGCCCUCAGGCCAAUACUCUACUAUCACAUAUCUAUAACACUAAAUCCAUGUGUAAGUGUGUAUAGUGCAUAUGUUAUCGUGUGUUUGGAUACAUGUGUCUAUGUUUGUGUUGCUUCACAGUCCCCGCUGUUCCAUAAGGUGUAUUUUUAUAUGUUUUUUAAAUCUAAUUUUACUGCUGGCAUGAGUUAUUUGAUGUGGAAUAGAGUUCCAUGUAGUCAUGGCUCUAUGUAGUACUGUGCGCCUCCCAUAGUCUGUUCUUGACUUGGGGACUGUGAAGAGACCUCUGGUGGCAUGUCUUGUGGGGUAUGCAUGGGUGUACGAGCUGUGUGCCAGUAGUUAAAACAGACAGCUCGGUUCAUUCAACAUGUCAAUACCUCUCACAAAUACAAGUCGUGAUGAUGUCAAUCUCUCCUCCACUUUGAGGCAGGAGAGAUUGACAUGCAUAUUAUGAAUGUUAGCUCUCUGUGUACAUCCAAAGGCCAGCCGUGCUGUCCUGUUCUGACCACACGACUGAACAGUAGUCCAGAUGCGACAAAACUAGGGCCUGUAGGACCUGCCUUGUUGAUAGUGCUGUUAAGAAUGCAGAGCAGCACUUUAUUAUAGACAGACUUCUCCCCAUCCAAGCUACUGUUGUAUCAAUAUCUUUUGACUAUGACAGUUUACAAUCCAGGGUUACUCCAGGCAAUUUAGUCUCCUCAACUUGCUCAAUUUCCACAUUAUUCAUUACAAGAUUUAGUUGAGGUUUAGGGUUUAGUAAAUGAUUUGUCCCAAAUACAAUGCUUUUAAUUUUUGAAAUAUUUAGGACUAACUUAUUCCUUAACACCAUUCUGAAACUAACUGCAGCUCUUUGUUAAGUGUUGCAGUCAUUUCAGUCGCUGUGGUAGCUGACGUGUAUAGUGUUGAGUCAUCCGCAUACAUAGACACACUGACACAAGCCAGUGGCAUGUUGUUAGUAAAGAUUGAAAAAAGUAAGGGGCCUAGACAGCUGCCCUGGGGAAUUUCUGAUUCUACCUGGAUUUUGUUGGAGAGGCUUCCAUUAAAGAACACCCUCUGUGUUCUGUUAGACAGGUAACUCUUUAUCCACAAUAUAGCAGGGGGUGUAAAGCCAUAACACAUACGUUUUUCCAGCAACAGACUAUGAUCAAUUCUGUCAAAAGCCGCACUGAAGUCUAACAAAACAGCCCACACAAUCUUUUUAUCAUCAUUUUCUCUCAACCAAUCAUCCGUCAUUUGUGUAAGUGCUGUGCUUGUUGAAUGUCCUUCCCUAUAAGCGUGCUGAAAGUCUGUUGUCAAUUUGUUUACUGUGAAAUAGCAUUUUAUCUGGUCAAACACAAUUUUUUCCAAACGUUUACUAAGGGUUGGUAACAGGCUGAUUGGUCGGCUAUUUGAGCCAGUUAAGGGGGCUUUACUAUUCUUAGGUAGGGGAAAACCUUUGCUUCCCUCGAGGCCUGAGGGCGCACACUUUCUAGUAGGCUUAAAUUGAAGAUAUGGCAAAUAGGAGUGGCAAAAUCGUUCGCUAUUAUCCUCAGUAAAUGUCCAUCCAAGUUGUCAGACCCCGGUGGCUUGUCAUUGUUGAUCGACAAUAAUACUUUUUUCACCUCUUCCACACUUACAGUGAGGGAAAAAAGUAUUUGAUCCCCUGCUGAUUUUGUACGUUUGCCCACUGACAAAGUAAUUAUCAGUCUAUAAUUUUAAUGGUAGGUUUAUUUGAACAGUGAGAGACAGAAUAACAACAAAAAAAUCCAGAAAAACGCAUGUCAAAAAUGUUAUAAAUUAAUUUGCAUUUUAAUGAGGGAAAUAAGUUUUUGACCCCUCUGCAAAACAUGACUUAGUACUUGGUGGCAAAACCCUUGUUGGCAAUCACAGAGGUCAGACGUUUCUUGUAGUUGCCAACCAGUUUUGCAAACAUCUCAGGAGGGAUUUUGUUCCACUCCUCUUUGCAGAUCUUCUCCAAGUCAUUAAGUUUUCAAGGCUGACGUUUGGCAACUCGAACCUUCAGCUCCCUCCACAGAUUUUCUAUGGGAUUAAGGUCUGGAGACUGGCUAGGCCACUCCAGGACCUUAAUGUGCUUCUUCUUGAGCCACGUCUUUGUUGCCUUGGCCGUGUGUUUUGGGUCAUUGUCAUGCUGGAAUACCCAUCCACGACCCAUUUUCAAUACCCUGGCUGAGGGAAGGAGGUUCUCACCCAAGAUUUGAUGGUACAUGGCCCCGUCCAUCGUGCCUUUGAUGCGGUGAAGUUGUCCUGUCCCCUUAGCAGAAAAACACCCCCAAAGCAUAAUGUUUCCACCUCCAUGUUUGACGGUGGGGAUGGUGUUCUUGGGGUCAUAGGCAGCAUUCCUCCUCCUCCAAACACGGCGAGAUGAGUUGAUGCCAAAGAGCUCCAUUUUGGUCUCAUCUGACCACAUUACUUUCACCCAGUUCUCCUCUGAAUCCUUCAGAUGUCCAUUGGAAAACUUCAGACGGGCAUGUAUAUGUGCUUUCUUGAGCACGGGGACCAUGCGGGCGCUGCAGAAUUUCAGUCCUUCACAGCGUAGUGUGUUACCAAUUGUUUUCUUGACGACUAUGGUCCCAGCUGCCUUGAGAUCAUUGACAAGAUCUUCCCGUGUAGUUCUGGGCUGAUUCCUCACCGUUCUCAUGAUCAUUGCAACUCCACGAGGUGAGAUCUUGCAUGGAGCCCCAGGCCGAGGGAAUUUGACAGUUGUUUUGUGUUUCUUCCAUUUGCGAACAAUAGCACCAACCGUUGUCACCUUCUCACCAAGCUGCUUGGCGAUGGUCUUGUAGCCCAUUCCAGCCUUGUGUAGGUCUACAAUCUUGUCCCUGACAUCCUUGGAGAGCUCUUUGAUCUUGGCCAUGGUGGAGAGUUUUGAAUCUGAUUGAUUGAAUGCUUCUGUGGACAGGUGUCUUUUAUACAGGUAACAAACUGAGAUUAGGAGCACUCCCUUUAAGAGUGUGCUCCUAAUCUCAGCUUGUUACCUGUAUAAAAGACACCUGGGAGCCAGAAAUCUUUCUGAUUGAGAGGGGGUCAAAUACUUAUUUCCCUAAUUAAAAUGCAAAUGAAUUUAUAACAUUUUUGACAUGCAUUAUAUACCCUUUGUUGGCAACAACACAGGUCAAACGUUUUCUGUAAGUCUUCACAAGGUUUUCACACACUGUUGCUGGUAUUUUGGCCCAUUCCUCCAUGCAGAUCUCCUCUAGAGCAGUGAUGUUUUGGGGCUGUCGCUGGGCAACACAGACUUUCAACUCCCUCCAAAGAUUUUCUAUGGGGUUGAGAUCUGGAGACUGGCUAGGCCACUCCAGGACCUUGAAAUGCUUCUUACGAAGCCACUCCUUCGUUGCCCGGGCGGUGUGUUUGGGAUCAUUGUCAUGCUGAAAGACCCAGCCACGUUUCAUCUUCAAUGCCCUUGCUGAUGGAAGGAGGUUUUCACUCAAAAUCUCACGAUACAUGGCCCCAUUCAUUCUUUCCUUUACACGGAUCAGUCGUCCUGGUCCCUUUGCAGAAAAACAGCCCCAAAGCAUGAUGUUUCCACCCCCAUGCUUCACAGUAGGUAUGGUGUUCUUUGGAUGCAACUCAGCAUUCUUUGUCCUCCAAACACGACGAGUUGAGUUUUUACCAAAAAGUUAUAUUUUGGUUUCAUCUGACCAUAUGACAUUCUCCCAAUCCUCUUCUGGAUCAUCCAAAUGUACUCUAGCAAACUUCAGACGGGCCUGGACAUGUACUGGCUUAAGCAGGAUUUGAGUCCCUGGCGGCAUAGUGUGUUACUGAUGGUAGGCUUUGUUACUUUGGUCCCAGCUCUCUGCAGGUCAUUCACUAGGUCCCCCCAUGUGGUUCUGGGAUUUUUGCUCACCGUUCUUGUGAUCAUUUUGACCCCACGGGGUGAGAUCUUGCGUGGAGCCCCAGAUUAAGGGAGAUUAUCAGUGGUCUUUUAUGUCUUCCAUUUCCUAAUAAUUGCUCCCACAGUUGAUUUCUUCAAACCAAGCUGCUUACCUAUUGCAGAUUCAGUCUUCCCAGCCUGGUGCAGGUCUACAAUUUUGUUUCUGGUGUCCUUUGACAGCUCUUUGGUCUUGGCCAUAGUGGAGUUUGGAGUGUGACUGUUUGAGGUUGUGGACAGGUGUCUUUUAUACUGAUAACAAGUUCAAACAGGUGCCAAGACCUUGAGUGGGCAGCCUGAUGAAAGCCAGUCAAUAUUUAAAUCACCCAGAAAGUAUACCUCUCUAUUGAUAUAAUGUAUAUUAUCAAGCAUUUCACACGUUAUCCAGAUACUGACUGUUAGCACUUGGUGGUCUAUAGCAGCUUCCCACCAGAAUGGACUUUCGAUGAGGCAGGUGAACAUGUAGCCAUAUUACUUCAACAUUAUUUAACAUGAGAUCCUCUCUAAGCUUUACAGGAAUGUGGUUCUGAAUAUAGACCACAACAUUUCUGUCCUUUCUGUAAAUGUUAUAACCUUGUAUUGCUACAACUGUAUCAUCAAAGGUAUUAUCUAAGUGAGUUUCAGAGGUUGUCAGAAUAUGAAUGUCAUCUGGUUCUAGCAAAUUAUUGAUUCCAUGAACCUUGUUACUUAAGAUAAAUUCACUACAAGUCAACGUUUGGACACACCUGCUUAUUCAAGUGUUUUUCUUUAAUUUACUAUUUUUUACAUUGUAGUAUAAUAGUGAAGACAUCAAAACAAUGAAAUAUCACAUAUGGAAUCAUGUAGUAACCCAAAAAGUGUUAAACAAAUCAAAAUAGCCAUCCUUUCCAUUGAUGACAGCGUUGCACACUCUUGGCAUUCUCUAAACAAGCUUCAUGAGGUAGUCACCUGGAAUGCAUUCAAAUUAACAGGUGUGCCUUCUUAAAAGUUAAUUUGUGGAAUUUAUUUCCUUCUUAAUGCAUUUGAGCCAAUCAGUUGUGUUGUGACAAGGUAGAGGGGUGGUAUACAGAAGAUAGCCCUCUUUGGUAAAAGACCAAGUCCAUAUUAUGGCAAGAACAGCUCAAAUAAGCAAUGAUGACACUGGCUCUCAUGAGGAACGCUACAGGAAUGGGAGACCCAGAGUUACCUCUACUGCAGAAGAUAAGUUCAUUAGAGUUACCAGCCUCAGAAAUUGCAGCCCAAAUAAAUGCUUCACAGAGUUCAAGUAACAGACACAUCUCAACAUCAACUGUUCAGAGGGGACUGUGUGAAUCAGGCCUUCAUGGUCGAAUUGCUGCAAAGAAGCCACUACUAAAGGACACCAAUAAAAGAAGAGACCUUCUUGGGCCAAGAAACACGAGCAAUGGACAUUAGACCGGUGGAAAUGUGUCCUUUGGUCUUGUAUCCAAAUUGGAGAUUUUUGGUUACAACCACCGUGUCUUUGUGAGAUGCGGUGUGGGUGAAUGGAUGAUCUCCGCAUGUGUAGUUCCCACUGUAAAGCAUGGAGGAGGAGGUGUUAUGGUGUGGGGGAGUCUUCAUGGGUAUGAUGCUACAAGCUUGGCACACCUGUAUUUGGGGAGUUUCUCCCAUUCUUCUCUGCAGAUCCUCUCAAGCUCUGUCAGGUUAGAUGGGGAGCAUCGCUGCACAGCUAUUUUCAGGUCUCUCCAGAGAUGUUUGACCGGGUUCAAGUCCGGGCUCUGGCUGGGCCACUCCUGCGUUGUCCCGAAGCCACUCCUGUGUUGUGUUGGCAGUGUGUUGGCUGUGUGUCGUUGUUAUGUUGGAAGGUGAACCUUCACCCCAGUCUGAUGCCCUGAGCACUCUGAAGCAGGUUUUCAUCAAGGAUCUCUCUGUACUUUGCUCCAUUAAUCUUUCCCUCGAUCCUGACUAGUCUCCCAGUCCCUGCCGCUGAACAAUAUCCCCACAGCAUGAUGCUGCCACCACCAUGCUUCACCGUAGGCAUGGUACCAGGAUUCUUCCAGACGUGGCGCUUGGCAUUCAGGCCAAAGACUUCAAUCUUGGUUCCAUCAGACCAAAGAAUCUUGUUUCACAUCAUCUGAGAGUCUUUAGGAGCCUUUUGGCAAACUCCAAGCGGGCUGUAUUGUGCCUUUUACUGAGGAGUGGCUUCUGUCUGGCCCCUCUACUAUAAAGGCCUUAUUGGUGGAGUGCUGCAGAGAUGGUUGUCCUUCUGGAAGGUUCUCCCAUCUCCACAGAGGAACUCUGGAGCUCUGUCAGAGUGACCAUAAGGUUCUUGGUCACCUCCCUGACCAAGGCUGUUCUCCCCCGAUUGCUCAGUUUGGCCGGGCAGCCAGCUCUAGGAAGAGUAUUGGUGGUUCCAAACUUAUUCCAUUUAAGAAUGAUGGAGGCCACUGUGUUCUUGGGGACGUUCAAUGCUGCAGAAAUGUUUUGGUACCCUUCCCCAGAUCUGUGCCACGACACGCCCUGACCUAUGGAACUCUUGUUUGUUGAGUCAGGGUGUGAAUGUCUAUUGUAGUUCUAUGUUAUGUAUAUCUAUGUUUAGGUUCUAGUUGUUCUAGGUCUAUGUUUGGCCGGGUAUGAUUCCCAAUCAGAGGCAGCUGUCGCUCGUUGUCUCUGAUUGGGGAUCAUACUUAGGGAGCCUAUUUCCUACGUUGUAUUGUGGGAUCUUGUUCCAUUUAGGCUUGUAUGUGUAUAGCCGGAGGACUUCACGUUACGUUGUUUCUUGUUUUGUUGUAUGUUUAUUGAGUUAAUAAACAUGUACGCUUUUCACGCUGCACCUUGGUCCGACCCGUCUCUCAACGAUCUUGACAGGGCCCUUAUAUAGACAGGUAUGUGCCUUUCCAAAUCAUGUCCAAUCAAUUGAACUUACCACAGGUGGACUCCAAUCAAGUUGUAGAAACAUCUCAAGCAUGAUCAAUGGAAACAGGAUGCACCUGAGCUCAAUUUCGAGUCUCAUAGCAAAGGGUCUGAAUACGUACGUAAAUAAGGUAUUUUUGUUUUUAUUUGUAAUAAAUUUGGACAAAUUUCUUAAAACGUGUUUUUGCUUUGUCAAUAUGGGGUAUUGUGUGUAGAUUGAUGAGGAACAUGUUUUAUUUAAUUUGUUUUAGAAUAAGGCUGUAACGUAGCAAAAUGUGGAAAAAGUCAAGGGCUCUGAAUACUUUUUGAAUGUACUGUAACUUAUCAAGAAUACCACAAGCAAUACAAGACUCUGUUAUUAUGGUGGGAGAUUAUAAUAUGGUUUUAAAUACCUCAAUGGAUCUUAAAGGAAAUCACACUACAAACUUUCACCCUUAUACACUUUAGGAAAUCACAAAUUACAUAGAUAUAUUGGAACUAGUGGAUGUAUAGAGGAUUACAAAUCCUGACCUAGUAAGAUAUACAGUGGGGAGAACAAGUAUUUGAUACACUGCCGAUUUUGCAGGUUUUCCUACUUACAAAGCAUGUAGAGGUCUGUAAUUUUUAUCAUAGGUACACUUCAACUGUGAGAGACGGAAUCUAAAACAAAAAUCCAGAAAAUCACAUUGUAUGAUUUUUAAGUAAUUCAUUUGCAUUUUAUUGCAUGACAUAAGUAUUUGAUACAUCAGAAAAGCAGAACUUAAUAUUUGAUACAGAAACCUUUGUUUCCAAUUACAGAGAUCAUAUGUUUCCUGUAGGUCUUGACCAGGUUUGCACACACUGCAGCAGGGAUUUUGGCCCACUCCUCCAUACAGACCUUCUCCAGAUCCUUCAGGUUUCGGGGCUGUCGCUGGGCAAUAUGGACUUUCAGCUCCCUCCAAAGAUUUUCUAUUGGGUUCAGGUCUGGAGACUGGCUAGGCCACUCCAGGACCUUGAGAUGCUUCUUACGGAGCCACUCCUUAGUUGCCCUGGCUGUGUGUUUCGGGUCGUUGUCAUGCUGGAAGACCCAGCCACGACCCAUCUCCAAUGCUAUUACUGAGGGAAGGAGGUUGUUGGCCAAGAUGUCGCAAUACAUGGCCCCAUCCAUCCUCCCUUCAAUGCGGUGCAGUCGUCCUGUCCCCUUUGCAGAAAAGCAUCCCCAAAGAAUGAUGUUUCCACCUCCAUGCUUCACGGUUGGGAUGGUGUUCUUGGGGUUGUACUCAUCCUUCUUCUUCCUCCAAACACGGCGAGUGGAGUUUAGACCAAAAAGCUCUAUUUUUGUCUCAUCAGACCACAUGACCUUCUCCCAUUCCUCCUCUGGAUCAUCCAGAUGGUCAUAGGCAAACUUCAGACGGGCCUGGACAUGCACUGGCUUGAGCAGGGGGACCUUGCGUGUGCUGCAGGAUUUUAAUCCAUGACUGCGUGGUGUGUUACUAAUGGUUUUCUUUGAGAGUGUGGUCCCAGCUCUCUUCAGGUCAUUGACCAGGUCCUGCCGUGUAGUUCUGGGCUGACCCCUCACCUUCCUCAUGGUCAUUGAUGCCCCACAAGGUGAGAUCUUGCAUGGAGCCCCAGACCGAGGGUGAUUGACCGUCAUCUUGAACUUCUUCCAUUUUCUAAUAAUUUCGCCAACAGUUGUUGCCUUCUCACCAAGCUGCUUGCCUAUUGUCCUGUAGCCCAUCCCAGCCUUGUGCACGUCUACAAUUUUAUCCCUGAUGUCCUUACACAGCUCUCUGGUCUUGGCCAUUGUGGAGAGGUUGGAGUCUGUUUGAUUGAGUGUGUGGACAGGUGUCUUUUAUACAGGUAACGUGUUCAAACAGGUGCAGUUAAUACAGGUAAUGAGUGGAGAAUGGAGGGCUUCUUAAAGAAAAACUAACAGGUCUGUGAGAGCCGGAAUUCUUACUGGUUGGUAGCUGAUCAAAUACUUAUAUCAUGCAAUAAAAUGCAAAUUAAUUACUUAAAAAUCAUACAAUGUGAUUUUCUGGAUUUUUGUUUUAGAUUCUGUCUCUCACAGUUGAAGUGUACCUAUGAUAAAAAUGACAGACCUCUACAUGCUUUGUAAGUAGGAAAACCCGCAAAAUCGACAGUGUAUCAAAUACUUGUUCUCCCCACUGGAUGUCUCACCCCAUGUUCAAGAAUGGCCUUUUUCCCUUUAUUCAGAUUCAACCUCUAACUUUUGGUUAUUUGAAAAUGAAAUAAUCUAAAAAAUGUUGCUAUUUUUAAAACAAGCCAUAGAAAUUGGUUGCAAAUUCAGUUUAAUCCACCAGAAAAGACAGAACAGAUAUUACAACGAAUAUUAUGGUUAAACUCAAAUAUUCUAAUUGAUAAAAAUAAAACAUUAUACAUUUAUUUUAAUUUUUAUGUAUAAUCUUUGUAAAUUAUAUCAUAAAUAGGACUGGUGGAGUUAUGUCACACAUGCAGCUAACAAAAAUAUAUGGAAAUGUCUGCUCUACUCAAAAUUACAACCAACUAAUUGCAGCAUUACUGCAAAAAUGUUGAAGGAGGAGAAAGUAAGGAACUUGUCUGUCGGCCCUGCAUUAAAGACCAACAUUGGUUAAAGAAAAUUGUGAUAAAUAAGAAAGAAUACCAGUUUCAUUUAAGGACCAAAAAAUUGACAGCUGUGCCAUAUAGAUUGCAAAAUAGUUGGGAAGAGAUGUUCGAUAUACCGAGUCCAUCAUUUAUGAACUGGUAAACAAAACGACGCUGGAUUCAAAAUGUUGAGUUUUUCUAUUUAAAUUAUUAUACAAAAAUGUUGCAACCAAUAGAAUGUUAUAUAUUUGCGGGAUACAACCAUCCCAGCUCUGCAGAUUUUGCAACGAAGAGACCGAAUCAUUAGAUCAUUUGGUUUGUUCAUAUGUAGGUUGUUUUUGGUUGCAGUUUCAGGAAUGGAUGAAGAAUUGUAACAUUUACUUGGAGCUAACUCUGCAAAUAGCACUACUGGGUGAUUUAAAAAGUCAUAGUCAAUCGAUCAAUAAUAUAAUAAUACUCUUAGCAAAAAUGUUUAUCUUUCAUUUACAAUCUGUAGAAACUAUGAGAAUAGAAAGGUUCAGAACUUUUGUGAAAUAUCACAGCAUAGUUGAAAAAUAUAUGGCAAAUAGAAAUAAAAACUGGGUGGUGUUAAGAGCUAGAUGGGAGGGGUUGAGUGGAGCUGAAGGGUGGGACAAAAAAUAACAAGAUAACUAAUGUAAAAUAUACUGUGUCCGUAAAAUGUAUAUACAGUGGGUUCUGAACUUUUGUGAAACAUCACAGUUGAAUAGGAUAUGGCAAACAGAAAUCAAAACUGGAUGGUCUUCAGAGAUAUAUGGGAGGGGUUGAGGGUAGCUUAAGGAUGGGACUAAAAACAAACAAAAGAAAACUAUUGUAAAAUAUACUGUGUCCGUAAAAUGUAUAUAAUAUGUAGAAGCCUAGGUGUUGUUGUCCAUUAGUCCAUUAGUUUACUCCAAGUAGGGGAGGGGUGGUAAAGUAAAAAAAAAGAAGAUGAAAAAAGAUCAUUACACAAGUGCACCUUGUGCUGGGGACAAUAAAAGGUCACUCUAAAAUGUGCAGUUUUGUCACACAACCCAAUGCCACAGAUGUAUCAUAUUUUGGAGCAUGCAAUUGGCAUGCUGACUGCAAGAAUGUCCACCAGAGCUGUUGCUAGAGAAUGUAAUGUUCAUUUCUCUAUCAUUAGCUGCCUCCAACAUUGUAUUAGAGAAUUGGCAGUACAUCCAUCCGGCCUCACAACCGCAGACCACGUGUAAACACGCCAGCCAAAGACCUCCACAUCCGUUUCAACUGUACCAGACAGAUAGAUGGUGUGUAUGGGCGUCGUGUGGGCGAGCAGUUUGCUGAUGUCAAAGUUGUGAACAGAGUGCCCCAUGGUGGCGGUGGGGUUAUGGUAUGGGCAACGAACACAAUUCCAUUUAAUCGAUGGCAAUUUGAAUGCACAGAGAUACCGUGAUGAGAUCCUGAGGCCCAUUGUCGUGCCAUUCAUCCACGGCCCUCACCUCAUGUUUCAGCAUGUUAAUGCACGGCCCCAUGUCGCAAGGAUCUGUACACAAUUCCUGGAAGCUGAAAAUGUCCCAGUUCUUCCAUGGCCUGCAUACUCACCAGACAUGUCACCCAUUGAUCACGUUUGGGAUGCUCUGGAUCAUCGUGUACGACAGCGUGUUCCAGUUCCCCCCAAUAUCCAGCAACUUCGCACAGCCAUUGAAGAGGAAUGGGACAACAUUCUACAGGCCACAAUCAACAACCCGAUCAACUCUAUGUGAAGGAGAUGUGUCGCUCUGCAUGAGGCAAAUGAUCCACGCCCCUACUUUUUUUUAAAGGUAUCUGUGACCAACAGAUGCAUAUCUGUAUUCCCAGUCAUGUCAAAUCCAUAGAUGAGGGCCUAAUUUAUUUAUUUCAAUUGACUAACUUCCUUAUAUGAACUGUAACUCAGUAAAAUCUGUGGAAUUGUUGUAUGUUGCGUUUAUAUUUUUGUUCAUUGUAGGAUACAACCGUUGUGACCACUAUCAUUCUACCAACUUACUUAAAUUGUUUAGAUUUCUGCAAAGAAUAUGUUUGCUUGUAUUUGUUUCUGAGAGAGACAUGAGUGGCAAGCAAGGAAUGUGUGUGUGUGCACGCAUGCAUGUGUACCUGCAUGUGCAUGUGUGUGUGUAAACUGCGCCUGUGGCAGGUUCCCCUCUCUGAAGCACGGUGGUAUCGCUGGCCCAUUGUUGUCGCUGCUGUCAGAGCAGAGAGAGGCAGAUGCAGCCUGUGCUGGCCUGAUAAGGAAAAGAGGAUUCAGCCAGGCUGGGAAGAGCAGAAUCAGUGGGACUUGAGAGGAGAGUGGACUACAGUAGAUAUCUCUCUCUCUCUCUCUCUCUCUCUCUCUCGCUCUCUCUCUCUCAUCUGGAACAUUGGGCUUACAUGUCCUGUCCAAGAUGUCUUUGAAAAAUUCCUCCUGUACCUCCUGUUUAAAGUCCAUCUUAUUCUUAGAAAUCCAUUGGAAUUUUUGCAUUUUGAAUACACAUAAUAUAACUCUCAAGCGCGACAUAUCUCCUUUGCAUACAAUCGAUCAGGCUGUUGACUGUGGCCCGUGGAAUGUUGUCCCACACCUCUUCAAUGGCUGUGCGAAGUUGCUGGAUAUUGGCAGGAACUGGAACACGCUGUCUUACACAAUAAUCAAGAGCAUCCCAAACAUGCUCAAUGGGUGACAUGUCUGGUGAGUAUGCAGGCCAUGGAAGAACUGGGACAUUUUCAUCUUCCAGGAAUUGUGUACAGAUCCUUGCAACAUGGGGCCGUGCAUUAUCAUGCCGAAACAUGAGGUGAUGGCAGCGAAUGAAUAGCACAACAAUGGGCCUCAGGAUCUCGUUCCGGUAUCCCUGUGCUUUCAAAUUGCCAUCGAUAAAAUGCAAUUGUGUUCGUUGUCCACAGCUUAUGCCUGCCCAUACCAUAACCCCACUGCCAACAUGGGGCACUCUGUUCACAACUUUGACAUCAGAAAACCGCUCACCCACACGACGCCAUACACGUGGUCUGCGGUUGUGAGGCCGGUUGGACCUAAUGCCAAAUUCUCUAAAACAACGAUGGAGGCGGCUUAUGGUAGAGAUAUGUACAUUAAAUUCUCUGGCAGUCAGCAUGCCAAUUGCAUGCUCACUCAAAACUUUAAACAUCUGUGGGAUUGUGUUGUGUGACAAAACUGCACAUUUUAGAGUGGCCUUUUAUUGUCCCCAGCACAAGGUGCACCUGUGUAAUGAUCAUGCUGUUUAAUCAGCUUCUUGAUAUGCCACACCUGUCAGGUGGAUGGAUUAUCUUGGCAAAGGAGAAAUGCUCACUAACAGGGAUGUAAAGAAAUGUGUGUACCACAUUUGAGAGAAAUAAGGUUAUUGUGCGUAUGGAACAUUUCUGGGAUCUUUUAUUUCAGUUCAUGAAACAUGGGCCCAACACUUUACAUGUUGCGUUCAUUGUUUUGUUCAUUUAAAACAUUACACAUAGCCUACAUAUCAGUACAUACUGUACAUACACACAAAAUAUCUAGGUCAAAUAGGGGAGAGGUGUUGUGCCGUCAGCCGUUGCUUUAUCUGUUUUUUUAAACCAGGUUUGCUUUUCACUUGCGCAAUCUGAGAUGGAAGGGAGUUCUAUGCAAUCAUGGCUCUAUAUAAUACUGUAAGUUUUCUUGAAUUUGGGGACUGUGAAAAGACCCCUUGGUGGCAUGUCUAGUGGGAUAAGUGUGUGUGUCAGAUCUGUGUGUAUGUUGACUAUGCAAACAAUUUGGAAUUUUCAACAUAUUGUUUCGUAUAAAAAGAAGAAUUGAUGCAGUCGGUCUCCUCUACUUUUAGAGAGACUGGCAUGCAUAGUAUUGAUAUUAGCCCUCUGAUUACAUUGAAGAGCAAGACGUGCCGCUCUAUUCUGGGCCAGUAGCAGUUUUUCUAGGUCCUUCUUUGCAGCACCUGACCAUAUGACUGGACAAUAAUCAAGAUAAGAUCAAACUAGAGCCUGCAGGACUUACUUUGUGGAGUGUGGUGUCAAAAAAGCAAAACAUAUCUUUAUCAUGGACAGACCAUCUUUACAACCAUUGAAUCAAUAUUUUAACAUUUAAGUCAUUUAGCAGACGCUCUUAUCCAGAGCGACUUACAGAUAUGUUUUGACCAUGACAGUUUACAAUCCAAAGUAAGACCAAGUAAUUUAGUCUCAACUUGCUCAACAGCCACAUUAUUCAUUAUCAUAUUCAGUUGAGGUCUAGAACUUAGGGAAUGAUUAGUACCAAAUACAAUGCUCUUAGUUUUAGAGAUGUUGAGGACUAGUUUAUUACUGACCACCCAUUCUAAAACGGACUGAAACUCUUUGUUUGGGGUUGCAGUGAUUUCACCAGGGUUGUGGGUUCGAUUCCCACGGGGGUCAGUAUGAAAAUGUAUGCACUCACUAACUGUAAGUCGCUCUGGAUAAGAGCGUCUGCUAAAUGACUAAAAUGUAAAUGUAAAUUUCACUAGCUGUGGUUGCUGACGUGUAUAUGGUUGAAUCUUCAGCAUACAUAGACAUACAGGCUUUGACCUUACAGAAAACGUUUGACCUGUGUCAUUGCCAACAAAGGGUAUAUAACAAAGUAUUGAGAAACUUUUGUUAUUGACCAAAUACUUAUUUUCCACCAUAAUUUGCAAAUAAAUUCAUUAAAAAUCCUACAAUGUGAUUUUCUGGAGAAAAAAAAUCUCAAUUUGUCUGUCAUAGUUGACGUGUACCUAUGAUGAACAUUACAGGCCUCUCUCAUCUUUUUAAGUGGGAAAACUUGCACAAUUGGUGGCUGACUAAAUACUUUUUUUCCCCACUGUAGUCCGCUACCAUCCGCAGUAGCUUUCCGUCUAAGUUGUCAAUACCAGGUGAUUUCUCAUUAUUGAUGGACAACAAUAAUGUUUCCACCUCACCCACAAUGACUACAGAAUUCUAAAUUACAAUGCAUUUCUUUCAUUAUUAGGUAUUUUAUGCAUGAAUGUGAUGGCUCACAGUUUGUUGUUGGCAGGUUUUGUGAUAAAUGAGCCAUCUGACUCAAUGAAAGAUGGAGUUGAAUUAGUCUGUCUGCCCAUAAUUUCAUUUAAAGCGGUCCAAGAUUUUUUUCUAUCAUACUUUGUCAUUUAUCUUAGUUUCAAAAUACAAUUUCUUCUUCUUUUUGUUCAGUUUAGUCACAUAAUUUCUCAAUUUACAGUAAGUUUGCCAGUCAGAUGUGCAGCCAGACUUAUUCACCACUCCUUUUGCCUUGUCCCUCUCAACCAUACAGAUUUUCAAUUCCUCAUCAAUCCACGGGGCCUUAACAGUUAUAACAGUCUGUUUCUUAAUAGGUGCAUGCUUGUCAAUAAUUUCAUAAAUGCAUCUAGUGCAGUGUCUGGAUGCUCCUCGUUACACUCAUCAGACCAACAAAUAUUUUGUUGGAUCUUCAACAUAGGAAUCAGUACAAAAAGUUUUGUAUGAUCUCUUGUACAUUAUUUUAGACCCAGCUUUUUGAAUUUUGGCUUUUCUAGAUAUGGCCACUAUGCUAUGAGCAGUACAUCCAAUGGGUAUGGAUACAGCUUUGAGCAGAGUCCUGUAGCACUGGUAAAAAUGUAAUCAAUACAUGUGUAUGAUAUAGUUCCUGUACUGUUUGUAAACACCUUGGUAGGUUGAUUAAUUACCUGGACCAGAUUACAGGUACUGCACAGGGCGGAAAGGGUCCAUAUCAGGGGAGAUCUUUACAUUACACGUUUUUUAUAUUCUAGAGAAUACAGACCAUUUCCAAUGCAUGUUUUCAGUUUUGUGGAUAUGCACCAUAUCUUGACAAAUUCUGAAUCCAGAUGUGUCUUUUAGACAAAUAUGAUAUUGGGAUUACUUCGAAUAUCACACAUGGACAUUUCCUAUGGUCGGAUAUGGACUCAUUCAAUAUCAUAAGAUAUGUGACAUCCUAUUAUCUCUCUUAAUGUUGACAAAUACUGACUGUAUACAUAUAUGUUUUCUGAAGAUAUGAAGCUACACUACAUGACCAAAAGUAUGUGGACACCUGCUCGCCGAACAUCACAUUCCAAAAUCAUGGGCAUUAAUAUGGAGUUGGUCCCCCUUUCGCUACUAUAACAGUCUCCACUCUUCUGGGAAGGCUUUCCACUAGAUGUUGGAACACUGCUGUGGGGACUUGCUUCCAUUCAGCCAGAAGAGCAUUAGUGAGGUCGGGCACUGAUGUUGGGCGAUUAGGCCUGGCUCGCAGUCGGCAUUCCAAUUCAUCCCAAAGGUGUUCGAUGGGGUUGAGGUCAGGGCUCUGUGCAAGCCAGUCAAGUUCUUCCACACCAAUCUCGACAAACCAUUUCUAUAUAGACCUCGCUUUGUGCACAGGGGCAUUGUCAUGCUGAAACAGGAAAGGGCCUUCCCCAAACUGUUGCCACAAAGUUGGAAGCACAGAAUCGUCUAGAAUGUCAUUGUAUGCUGUAGUGUUAAGAUUUCCCUUCACUGGAACUAAGGGGCCUAGCCCGAACCAUGAAAAACAGCCCCAGACCAUUAUUCCUCCUCAACCAAACUUUACAGUUGGCACUUUGCAUUGGGGCAGGUAGCGUUCUCCUUGCAUCCACCAAACCCAGAUUUGUCCAUCGGACUGCCAGAUGGUGAAGCCAUGCAAUCUCCACUUUCACUAACUGUAAGUCGCUCUGGAUAAGAGCGUCUGCUAAAUGACUAAAAUGUAAAUGUAAAUUUCACUAGCUGUGGUUGCUGACGUGUAUAUGGUUGAAUCUUCAGCAUACAUAGACAUACAGGCUUUGACCUUACAGAAAACGUUUGACCUGUGUCAUUGCCAACAAAGGGUAUAUAACAAAGUAUUGAGAAACUUUUGUUAUUGACCAAAUACUUAUUUUCCACCAUAAUUUGCAAAUAAAUUCAUUAAAAAUCCUACAAUGUGAUUUUCUGGAGAAAAAAAAUCUCAAUUUGUCUGUCAUAGUUGACGUGUACCUAUGAUGAACAUUACAGGCCUCUCUCAUCUUUUUAAGUGGGAAAACUUGCACAAUUGGUGGCUGACUAAAUACUUUUUUUCCCCACUGUAGUCCGCUACCAUCCGCAGUAGCUUUCCGUCUAAGUUGUCAAUAGCAGGUGAUUUCUCAUUAUUGAUGGACAACAAUAAUGUUUCCACCUCACCCACAAUGACUACAGAAUUCUAAAUUACAAUGCAUUUCUUUCAUUAUUAGGUAUUUUAUGCAUGAAUGUGAUGGCUCACAGUUUGUUGUUGGCAGGUUUUGUGAUAAAUGAGCCAUCUGAAUGAAAGAUGGAGUUGAAUUAGUCUGUCUGCCCAUAAUUUCAUUUAAAGCGGUCCAAGAUUUUUUUCUAUCAUACUUUGUCAUUUAUCUUAGUUUCAAAAUACAAUUUCUUCUUCUUUUUGUUCAGUUUAGUCACAUAAUUUCUCAAUUUACAGUAAGUUUGCCAGUCAGAUGUGCAACCAGACUUAUUCACCACUCCUUUUGCCUUGUCCCUCUCAACCAUACAGAUUUUCAAUUCCUCAUCAAUCCACGGGGCCUUAACAGUUAUAACAGUCUGUUUCUUAAUAGGUGCAUGCUUGUCAAUAAUUUCAUAAAUGCAUCUAGUGCAGUGUCUGGAUGCUCCUCGUUACACUCAUCAGACCAACAAAUAUUUUGUUGGAUCUUCAACAUAGGAAUCAGUACAAAAAGUUUUGUAUGAUCUCUUGUACAUUAUUUUAGACCCGGCUUUUUGAAUUUUGGCUUUUCUAGAUAUGGCCACUAUGCUAUGAGCAGUACAUCCAAUGGGUAUGGAUACAGCUUUGAGCAGAGUCCUGUAGCACUGGUAAAAAUGUAAUCAAUACAUGUGUAUGAUAUAGUUCCUGUACUGUUUUUAAACACCCUGGUAGGUUGAUUAAUUACCUGGACCAGAUUACAGGUACAGCACAGGGCGACAAGGGUCCAUAUCAGGGGAGAUCUUUACAUUACACGUUUUUUAUAUUCUAGAGAAUACAGACCAUUUCCAAUGCAUGUUUUCAGUUUUGUGGAUAUGCACCAUAUCUUGACAAAUUCUGAAUCCAGAUGUGUCUUUUAGACAAAUAUGAUAUUGGGAUUACUUCGAAUAUCACACAUGGACAUUUCCUAUGGUCGGAUAUGGACUCAUUCAAUAUCAUAAGAUAUGUGACAUCCUAUUAUCUCUCUUAAUGUUGACAAAUACUGACUGUAUACAUAUAUGUUUUCUGAAGAUAUGAAGCUACACUACAUGACCAAAAGUAUGUGGACACCUGCUCGCCGAACAUCACAUUCCAAAAUCAUGGGCAUUAAUAUGGAGUUGGUCCCCAUUUCGCUGCUAUAACAGUCUCCACUCUUCUGGGAAGGCUUUCCACUAGAUGUUGGAACACUGCUGUGGGGAAUUGCUUCCAUUCAGCCAGAAGAGCAUUAGUGAGGUCGGGCACUGAUGUUGGGCGAUUAGGCCUGGCUCGCAGUCGGCAUUCCAAUUCAUCCCAAAGGUGUUCGAUGGGGUUGAGGUCAGGGCUCUGUGCAAGCCAGUCAAGUUCUUCCACACCAAUCUCGACAAACCAUUUCUAUAUAGACCUCGCUUUGUGCACAGGGGCAUUGUCAUGCUGAAACAGGAAAGGGCCUUCCCCAAACUGUUGCCACAAAGUUGGAAGCACAGAAUCGUCUAGAAUGUCAUUGUAUGCUGUAGUGUUAAGAUUUCCCUUCACUGGAACUAAGGGGCCUAGCCCGAACCAUGAAAAACAGCCCCAGACCAUUAUUCCUCCUCAACCAAACUUUACAGUUGGCACUUUGUAUUGGGGCAGGUAGCGUUCUCCUUGCAUCCACCAAACCCAGAUUUGUCCAUCGGACUGCCAGAUGGUGAAGCGUGAUUCAUCACUCCAGAAAACGAGUUUUACUGCUCCAGAGUCCAAUGGCAGCGAGCUUUACACCCCUCCAGCCGACGCUUGGUAUUGCAUAUAGUGUUCUUAAGCUUGUUUGUGGCUGCUCGGCCAUGGAAACACAUUUCAUGAAGCUCCCGACGAACAGUUCUUGUGCUGAUGUUGCUUCCAGAGGCAGUUUGGAACUCGGUAGUGAGUGUUGCAACCGAAGACAGACGAUUUUUACGCGCUUCAGCACUCUGCAGUCCCGUUCUGGGAGCUUGUGUGGCCUACCACUUUGCAGCUGAACCGUUGUUGCUCCUAGACGUUUCCACUUCACAAUAACAGCACUUACAGUUGACCGGGGCAGCUCUAGCAGAGCAGGAAUUUGACGAACUGACUUGUUGGAAAGGUGGCAUCCUAUGACGGUCCCACGUUGAAAGUCACUGAGCUCUUCAUUACUAUAUUCUACUGCCAAUGUUUGUGUAUGGAGAUUGCAUGGCUCAAUUUUAUACACCUGUCAGCAACGUGUGUGGCUGAAAUAGCCGAAUCCACUAAUAUGAAGGGGUGUCCAUAUACUUUUGUAUAUAUAGUUUAUAUUGAUUCCAGAUAAGCUUCUCUUGAUAUGCUGAAGAUAAGGACAAUAUCUGAUGCAUUUCUGAGUUUUCAGCACAUGCUCAAUAAUUUGACAAAUAUGUGAUCCAUAUUUUUCUUUCAUGCACAUCAUUUUUGGAUACCCUCCAGAUAUCAGACAUGGUAUGGCCGGAUAUUGACUCAUUAGAUAUCCUGAGAUAGGCCUAUUUGGACAUCUUAUUUUCUCUAUAUGAUGACAAAUACUGACAGUAUGGUAUAUUUUCACAGCACGUACAUUGCAUAUGCUCUUGACUGAGGUCCAUAUCAGGAUCUUGAUAUGCAUUUUCAUAUGCUAAAUAAGGACAAUUUCUUAUGCUCCAUAUCAUUCUUUCAGACACUAGCUAUAAUUGUUGUAUUCCCUCUGGAUAAAGGCGCACGCAAACCUCAAGCUAAAGGCACUGUAACUGGUAGCCUAGCAAGAGUUCCAACUGUCAUUUUUGACAAAUGAGUGUGUAAACAGUGUGUGGUCGAACUGACAACUGGAGAAACAAAGAAGUGAGAAGCUGUUCAGAAAAUACCUGAAAGAAGUUAACGCUAAAGUGAGUAGCUAAUUCGAGAUGUUUUAUUUGUCUUAGUAACUAGAAUCAAGAACAUUAGCUAAUUUGGCCAGCAGCCAGUAGUGCUAGCUAACAAAAAACAUAGAUGUUACAGUAUAUCCCUGAAAUGCUAUGAUUUCAUAAACCUUAUUUAUAAGGCCCUUUCCUGGGUAGCUUAUUGGAGAUAGACAUAAUAUGAAGAAAAAAAACAAACGACAAGAAUCAAAUCAAAUGUAUUUAUAAAGCCAUUUUUACAUCAGCAGAUGUCACAAAGUGCUUAUACAGAAACCCAGCCUAAAACCCCAAACAGCAAGCAAUGCAGAUGUAGAAGCAUGGUGGCUAGGAAAAACUCCCUAGAAAGAACAUUGUUUGACUAAUAGAAUCAGCCAAUCAGGCUAAUGUGAGUGUCAGUGGGUGAAUGUGUGUGAUGUGGGGCUGAAGCUACUGACCCGGAAGGUAGGCUCUCUCACUUCUCCCAGUCUUUUGGGAUGUAGGGUGGAAAAUUAGCCUGUCGUAGCGGAUGUAAGCAAUGUCCCGGUUCCUCUCAAGUUCUUGGCUCUUUAUAGGAGAGACAUCUUGUCCUUAAACCUUAGGAACUUGACCACUAUCAGCCUGGGUCUGUCACCUGGGCUUGUUACAGGUUUUCCAGACCUGUGGGUGCGCUACACCUCAAUCUAACUAUGAUCCACCUGCAGCUUUUCAGUGACACAUUUUCUUACUUUCUCCUCAGACUUGGCCCAGUUCUCAUUUGAAGACUCUGGUAUGCCAUCCACAACGAUGUUAUGCCUCCUGGAUUGUCCCUCUAGAUAGCCUUUUUUUCCCAGUCAUUGUUAAUAAUGAUUCACAGACAGUGCUGAUGUCAUCUCGCAUGGACUGUUUGUUGUCAUAUUGUUGCAAGUCUCUUUCAGGACAUCCACCUCUCCUUGGGAGAACUGCAAAUUGUUCUUAAUGUCCUGGACCUCUCUGGUCAGAUCGUCCAUUCUUUUGUUAGUUGAGUCCAUCAGUAUUUAGACAAAGCUCUUGAAGCUAUUUUCCUGUUGUUGUAAGAACUGCUUAUAGAACCGUUUUUGUUUGUUUAAAAGAUCCAUCACCUGUGAUAGAGAAACACUGUCCUCUCCGUUACUCCCACCGGCUUUGGUUUUGGAUGUCAUGGUAGCAACGUAGGCUAACGCUGGACUCCACGAAGUUCCAGACAGGGCAGGUUUCAGGGCAGAUGGAAACUUCAACAAACAGCAGGGAUUUAGACAGCCACAAGCCCAGGACAAUCUGUGGUCCCAGCCACAAGGGCGAACCGCAUCGCAGGCUGUGUUCAAACUUUCAGGAAACCUUGCUAGCUUGAUAGCUAGUUAGCAGCUAGGCUAGCUGCCACUCCAAGCAGCUCUUCAGACUUUUGGUUGGCAGGAUCCCUAGACAGAUAGUAUCGGUCCCAGCAGCUGAUGCUAACCGCGUCGCAGGACCCAAAUACAGAAUAUAGCUACACUGAAGAAAAAUAUAAACACAACAUGUAAAGUGUUGGUCCCAUGUUUCAUGAGCUGAAAUAAAAAAUCCCAGAAAUGUUCAGUAUAGUAACCAAUUAUUAUUAUAUAUAUAUAUAUAUUUUACACCAAUUACAAACAUACAUAUACAAACAACAACUUACAGACGCACACAAACAACGACUACAUCUCCUCUGCCCAGACCUCCAUGCUCACAACCUCAUCCCUAGUGCCUGCAUUAUUGUUUGCCACAUGACCUUAAAUUGUACCAAUUUGUUUUUCUCAGUCGCCAAUGCUAUUUAAAUAUUUCAAUAAUAAAUCAUUCGAUUUUUCCAUUGUGUUAAGGACGGCGGAUUGAACAAACUUUUUCAAUAGAACACUUUUUCAGAGACUUUCAAAACAACAAACCAAGCUCUCCCUCGUUCCGCGUUCAGCACACUGUUGCCUCUCAGUGAAUAGAAUGAGAAACAUGGAAGACCUGUAUCCAGUUGUUGUUAAAAAAUGUUUAACCGUGAUGCUGUUUCUCUGGAUAAGUGGUGAGAAGCUAGAAUGACAUAUUAAAGUCAGCACAAUCCUAAUGUGGCAGGACGACCCCCCUGCAAAAAAACAGCCCAGUCUGACCAUGAGGUGGCAAGCCCCUGCUGCUGUCGAGGCCUGAUAAGUGUCCCUCCCCCGCCUCACCCCUGCCUCUCAUCUCCCCCGUCCUGUGCAGUGCCAGGGCCCUAAGACAAAGCCCUGUCAAAUUGGCCAACCAGGUGACUGAAGAGAUGAGGGAGAAUAGAAAUGGCAGCAUUCAGCAUAAAUGCAGAUUUUAGGCUAAUGAAAAAUCAAUGCUAUAAUUAAAUAACAAAUAUCUGAGAGCAAAUUUAGAGAGCUCUUUCUUUCAUGGUUAAAUAUAGCCAAAUCUUAUGUUAAAAUAAUUGCUAAAAAUGUUCCUUAUGGGACACUAUAAUUCAUAUGAUUUUACGUAUGGCUGUUAUCGAUAUGAUACAUCUUGCUCAUCUUAUUGUCUAAAGUGGACAGCUGCCUGCAGAUCCAUGUCAUCAUCUAAUGACAUGCAAAUAUAUGCAUCAGCUGGGUGUGUUACAGUCAGUCACUAACGCUCAGUAGGAGUUGAAUGCAUUCAAUUGUACAACUGACUAGGUUCCCCUUCCCUUCCCUUUCCCUUGUAUGUAUGAAGCAGAAUUAGAUACUUAAAGCUACAGCCUGGGAUCUGGGAAUGUGUUUAAUGAUCAUUUAAAUUCUUGAUAUACAGUAUACUCUGUCACUACCGCGUUGUUCUUUUUCAAAUACCAGAAUGUACCUUUAAAACCAGUUUGAUCUGGGUUGUAUGGGAACAGACCCCUUCUUCCUUCUUCUAGAAGCAGUAAUUGAUGGUAUACCAGCCUAUUGCUGAACAUGAGGUAGAGAUCAGCUCACAGAGAUACAUUGGAACUGAUGUCCUGACCUGAUCCACUCACUGUGAUCCUAAUCUAGCGGUUGAAAAUUCACAUUAGAUUGAACAACAGUCGGCCAAAGUCUACAAAAACUAAAAAUCAAUGAGGGUUAUCUUAAAAUGUGAGUCAACUUGUUGUUGUAUAGUUUUUCUACGAGCUUCCUAAAACCAUGGCAGAGGCUGCAUCUGAAAUGGCACCCUCUUCCAAAGAGAUACAUCAAAUGUGUUAUUUUUAAUUACAUGCACUAUUUCUUAUACACAUUCACUAUUCCAUUGCCAAAAGAUGAGCACUAUAUAGGGAAUAGAGUGUCAUUUCGGAUGCACUCAGAGUCUCUACAGUACGCACAAUUGGAUAUACACUACCAGUCAAAAGUUUGGACACACCUGCUCAUUCAAGGGUUUUUCUUUAUUUUUACUAUUUUUUACAUUGUAGAAUAAUAGUGAUGACAUCAAAACUAUGAAAUAAGUGGAAUCAUGUAGUAACCAAAAAAGUGUUAAACAAAUCAAAAUAUAUUUUAUAUUUGAGAUUCUUUGCCUUGAUGACAGCUUUGCACAUUCUUGGCAUUCUCUCAACCAGCUUCAUGCAUUUCAAUUAACAGGUGUUCCUUUUUAAAAGUUAAUUUGUGGAAUUUCUUUCCUUCUUAACGCGUUUGAGCCAAUCAGUUGUGUUGUGACAAGGUAGGGGGUAUACAGAAGAUAGCCCUAUUUGGUAAAAGACAAAGUCCAUAUAAUGGCAGCUCAAAUAAGACAGUCCAUCAUUACUUUAAGACAUGAAGGUCAGUCAAUACGGACAAUUUUCUUCAAGUGCAGUUGCAAAAAUCCAUCAAGCGCUAUGAUGAAACUGGCUCUCAUGAGGACCACCACAGGGAGAGAGGAUAAGUUCAUUAGAGUUACCAGUCUCAGAAAUUGCAGCCCAAAUAAAUGUUUCACAGAGUUCAAGUCACAGACACAUCUCAACAUCAACGGUUCAGAGGGGACUGUGUGAAUCAGGCCUUCAUGGUCGAAUUUCUGCAAAGAAGCCACUACUAAAGGACAUCAAUAAUAAGAAGAGACCUGCUUGGGCCAAGAAACAUGAGCAAUGGACAUUAGACCGGUGGAAAUUUGUCCUUUGGUCUGGAGUCCAAAUUUGAGAUUUUUGGUUCCAAUCGCUGUGUCUUUGUGAGACGUGGUGUGGGUGAACGGAUGAUCUCCGCAUGUGUAGUUCCCACUGUAAAGCAUUGAGGAGGAGGUGUUAUGGUGUGGGGGUGCUUUGCUGGUGACACUGUCUGUGAUUUAUUUAGAAUUCAAGGCACACUUAACAAGCAUGGCUACCACAGCAUUCUGCAGCGAUACGCCAUCACAUCUGGUUUGGGCUUAGUGUGACUAUGAUUUGUUUUUCAACAAGACAAUGACCCAACACACCUCCAGGCUGUGUAAGGGCUAUUUUACCAAGAAGGAGAGUGAGGGAGUGCUCCAUCAGAUGACCUGGCCUCCACAAUCCCCCGACCUCAACCCAAUUGAGAUGGUUUGGGAUUAGUCGGACGGCAGAGUGAAGGAAAAGCAGCCAACAAGUGCUAAGCUUAUGUGGGAACUCCUUCAAGACUGUUGGAAAAGCAUUCCAGGAUUGAGAGAAUGCCAAGAGUGUGCAAAGCUGUCAUCAAGGCAAAGGGUGGCUAUUUGAAGAAUCUCAAAUAUAGAAUAUAUUUUGAAUUGUUUAACACUUUUUUGGUUACUAUAUGAUGUGUUAUUUUAUAGUGUUGAUGUCUUCACUAUUAUUCUACAACGUAGAAAAUAGUAACAAUAAAGAAAAACCCUUGAAUGAGUAGGCGUGUCCAAACUUUUGACUGGUACUGUAGAUCAUUUCAGUUCAAGGAUGCCCAGUAUUGCUGUUUAGCUCAGAGGCGAGGGUCAACUUGUUACAGAUUAGGAACACUUACAAUUAGACAGAGAAUGUGUCAAGCAGUGGUAUUAUGUCUCUCUGUCUCUCUGAUAGCACAUUCAACCGGUAUUUAUGAGAAAUUACAUACCAUAUCUGAACUAGGCAGGAAGUGAAAUAUAGUCCAAGAUAUUGACACAAUCAUUUAUCCCUGCAUUGUGAUCUGUAUACCUGGGUCACUCUUUUGAAAUGCACACCAAUUCUUUAGAUUCUUUCCCUUCCCUGCCAGUCUUCAGCAGGCAGCGGCGAUCGUACCGAUAGUGAGGUACAAUGUGUCUAAAGAUUACUUCUAAAGCAGCUCUCCUCCCUUCUUCUUCUUCUUCUUCUUCUUCUUCAUCUGAAUUCUCUUCAGGAUUCCAAAGCCCCCUGAAGGACAAGAAAAUUCAAAAGAGCCCCGUAACCCCAUUGUCACUGAGGAAGGACAGAUUCGAGUGACGCCUCGGCCCGGGCUGUACUCAAUAAGACACUCCCCACCACACACACCACACAUGCCAUCAUUCAAUCUCACAGUCAGGUCAACUGUGAAAAAGACUAUGAAAACUCACUUUCCAUAAGAGCGACAGGCCUGAUUGAUGAAUGAGUAUGAGCGAUCACAGGUUUUUUGACAGCAAAAUGCUAACGUGCCACCACUGUCUUUCCUGUCCUACAGAGCGCCAUGUCCCCAAUGCGGCCUGUCCCCGUGGUUCUGACUGGUGGUCCCAGGUGGCUUCAGGACAUCACCUGGCUGGCAGCAGAAGACGGCAAGAACAACUGUGUAGUGUACAGCAUGGGUAUGUACCCUAUUUGUCUUUUCACUAACACUGUACUAUUGGGAACAGGUCUCCCUCGUAAAUGUGUCUAUUGACCUGAGGGGACUUCCAGGUUUAGUAAAAGCUAGAAUAGAAAAUAUUGUCUUUAACACACACUGUAGUAAUCAACUUCCCUGGAGACUGAGGGAGCAGGGAUGUUUCUUUGGAGGUUUUUACAUAGGAGAGAUUUCCCUAUAGGCUAGUACCUGACCACUAUUAUCCUUCCCUGAGUUGGGGUUUGUUUAUUAGUGUUGAGCCACUUUCCAUUGUCAUAUGCAGCCAAACAAUUAUACAAUUGACUCCAAUCUGAAGGAGCCUAAUUUCAAUGCAAGCCUGUAGACCAACAUUUAUUUCAACGAUGGCACUGUACUAUCUGGAUCUUGGCCAAUAUUUUUCCACAGCUCAGCUCAGGAUGUGAUUGAAAAAAUGAAUUUUGUGGGCAUCUUACCAACAUCCUGACUGGGAAAAUGACAUUUCCUCUCCCUCCCUCAUGUCAUUCUUUGGAGAUUUAAUGCAUUGUUUUGCAUUUGAGUCUAAUUGCUCUCAGUUGACAAUUUUUCCAAUUCAAGAGCAGCAAUUUUUCAAGGCACUGACUAUCGUUUAUUGUAAGAAGUUGUGCAUUUAUUCAACAUAUCAAUUCCUUUACAGUUUUCAAUGAUUCUUUAGAUUAAAUGUUGUUGCUUAAUAUACCGCUUACAGUUGCAAUUUGAGGGCAACACUCAGAAGAGUGAUUUGCAACUGUAAACUGUACUGUAUAUUAAGCAACAACAUUUAAUCUAUAGAAUAAUUCCUUAUUAACAACAAAAAUAAACAUGACAUUUCCAUGAACUAAACACCUCUAAAAUGUUAUAGCCAUAAUGUUAAUAAUUUACUUCAGUUAUCAUUGUUUGACUAAAUCUGCUAUCUCUAAAUGCUUUUUUUAAAAUAUGAAGACUUCAGGCAACGAGAAGCUUUUCAGGUCACUAUCAGUUAUCUUAGGACACAGAGCAAUACUGAGAGUGAAGAAUAACAGAACAUCUCCACCAAUGUCAUAUUCUAUUAUCAGUCCGUUGAAACAGAAUUGCAUCCUGGGGGAGACUCCACAGACACAGCAGCGACAGCAGCAGCCAGUCAGUGUGCUGCGAUUGUGUUUAAUUCAAAGGGAAGUUAGUAAUGAAUUGUACACAGCGGUAAUUGAUUGGUUUAGCCACAGGUUCUGUCGUUAUAGUCGGGCUGGAUAGAGGCUGGAUGGGGUGGCAGAGUAUCAGACAGAAAAUGGAGGCCUAUAAUCUAGAGCUGGGCAGUGGGUAGUACUAUCACUGAGAUAAUGCCACUGUAUAGUAGAUUGGCUGUGGAUGGGUGAUUUUUGAAGAUGUUUUAAAUAUUGAUAGUUGACUCAUCUGGUUGAUCUAUUGUAGCUGCUGUAACAUGCUAAUACUGUAUUAAUAUCUCGUGGACAGACGCACGUGACACAACAGUGGUAUGCCUGAUCACCGACAACGACGAGACAGCCUAUAGGGAGGAGGUCAGAGACCUGGCCGUGUGGUGCCAGAACAACAACCUCUCCCUCAACCUGAUCAAGACAAAGGAGAGGAUUGUGGACUACAGGAAAAAGAAGAGGACCGAGCACGCCCCCAUUCUCAUCGACGGGGCUGUAGUGGAGCAGGUUGAGAGCUUCAAGUUCCUUGGUGUCCACAUCACCAACAAACUAACAUGGUCCAAGCACACCAAGAUAGUCAUGAAGAGGGCACGACAAAACCUAUUCAUUUACAUUUACGUCAUUUAGCAGACGCUCUUAUCCAAAGCGACUUACAAAUUAUCCCCCUAAGGAGACUGAAAAGAUUUGGCAUGGGUCCUUAGAUCCUCAAAAGGUUCUACAGCUGCACCAUCGAGAGCAUCCUGACUGGUUGCAUCACUGCCUGGUAUGGCAACUGCUCGACCUCCGACCGCAAGGCACUACAGAGUGUAGUGCAUACGGCCCAGUACAUCACUGGGGCCAAGCUUCCUGCCAUCCAGGACCUCUAUACCAGGCGGUGUCAGAGGAAGGCCCUAAAAAUUGUCAAAGACUCCAGCCACCCUAGUCAUAGACUGUUCUCUCUGCUACCGCACGACAAGCGGUACCGGAGCACCAAGUCUAGGUCCAAGAGGCUUCCUAACACCUUCUUCCCCCAAGCCAUAAGACUCCUGAACAUCUAAUCAAAUGGCUACCCAGACUAUUUGUUACUUUUUUUUUAUUUGUUUUAAUGUAUUCUUUCUUAAAACUGCAUUGUUGGUUAAGGGCUUGUAAGUAAGCAUUUCACUGUAAGGUCUAUCUAUACCUGUUGUGUUAGCUUCUGUCAACAGACUGUGGUAUGCAACGAUUAAUGAGGAACUUUGUUCCAGUGCGCCAAUUGUUUCGUCACUGAUCAUUUGGACAAAUCACGAUUUAGCAGGUGUUCGUAUAUUUUCAAAUGUUGGAAUGGGAGGGGACAUUUGGCCCAUGCUUUGGCUAAGAGUUUCCUUUUAAGGGGGAGGAGACUUCACUAGUCUCAUUAGUAUCUUUUCUCAUACAUCUUCCCCCAGAACCUAAUUGAGCAUCUGAUGCAUUUUCUCCAGAUUUUAGUUCUGGGUUUCCGAGAUUAAUACUGUAUAUGCCAACUGUUCUUGGUGUUUGUUUCAAAACACAUUCAUAAAGCAGGGUGCCUCACAUAAUUUAACCUCUGCUGGUGACUUCUAUGUGACUUUCCAUAGAGGUUUUCAAAUGCCUUUUACGUUGAGGUUCAUUGCUUUAAAAUAGUUUUUAUUUUAAUCGUGUCAGGAUUGUUACCAGAUUUGAUUGUGAGAAUUCACUCAAACAGAAAUGGAGAAACAGAAUCUCUUACUCUGUUGACUCCUGGUGCCAAAAUGGCAGCAAAUAUCAUUUAUAUGUUUUAUAUGCUCUCUAUCCUGUCAGAAGGCUUUUGGCUUAUCUUGAGUGACUGUCAGGGGCUGCAUGGGAUGUCAGAGGAAAGGAAGGAAAUAUAUGAGAUUAUUAAGCUUUGCUGGAUGUUGUCGGAAUGUCUGACGACACGUCAUGAAGCCUGGUUUGAUCAAUGCUGGACGAGGUGACAAGACUUAAGUCCCUAUCGUACCCCAGUCCCUGAUGCUCAUAGACGGUUGUUAGGACUACGCAUUAGAUGGUAGCUAGGCCCCGGUCGCUGCACUUAGAUUUAUCAUCUCUCUCUCCCGUCUCGCUCGUCCUCCCUUCAUCCCCCUUCUCCCUGACGGAUAUGUGACAGCCUUAUGGAAGUUGCUUGCUCUGAGGGAACGUAAUGGAAGUGCGGGGUCGGGACGCAGCAGGGUGAAACUGAGGGCAAUGGCAGAAAAAUGUCUGGCGUUGCAACAGGAAGAAAGAAAUUGGUAGUGGCUUAUCAGUACAGUUCCUGUUUUGGGCGAUGGCAGGCUGUUGUAGCUUCUAGCUGUAUUACGUAUGGAGGCUGUGCUUUACAGUGGUGCAGGUAUACAGUAAUAUGGUACAGCUAUGUUUUUUAGUUUAAGUUGAAUUUUGGAUGUUGUAGAACUGGGUCUAAUUAGUGGGUGCAGUAGUGGGUCUAUAUUACGUACAUAUAUAGGUAAUACAUUAUGGUGCAGCUGUGUUUUGCAGUUAAACGUCUUAUUGGAUCUUGGAUGUUGUAGAAGUUUGAUAUCAAUGUUUUGCUAUCACACUCCCACACUUUGAUGAGGAAGUGAGAAGUAACAGCCCCAGAGAUCCUGGCAGAUGGAGUGAAAAGUAACAGGCCCAACAGGAAUCCUACUGGCACAGAUAUCAGAGAUGGGCAACCAUCCUGGAUGGAGGGAGGGAAGAAGGGAGGGAGAGAAGGAGGAAAGUAUCUGACAGGACAGGAGGAGUGAUCCCUUAAGCUUUUCAGGAACGGAGGAUGCCUCUCUCUCUUUGUAUUUCACUCUUUCCUUUUUUUAACCACACAAAGAUGAUGAUGUGCUUUGUCUUUUAUUAUACAUCAUGCAUAUCCCUCUUUUUAAGUGUUCCAGAGCAUUCCUCCUUACCUCAAAAUAGGUCAUUUUUAAACGCCAUUGAAAAUAUCUGUGUGCAUGAAUAUGCUACAGUACCACCUCUUCUGUUUAAAUUAUGAAAAACUAAAACAUAAGAAUUAUAUUUCCAGGAACAUAAUGAUGUGCCACAUGUGCCUCAAUUUGAUCAUAGUGUUACUGGUUACACUAACCAAGGACCUACUAACCAGGGCUACAUCCUUGCUGUAAUCAAACAGGAGCCAGGGCUUAUACAGUAACUAGAUGCCAUAGAUCAAAUGAUGUAUCCUCUACCCACAAUCAACUUUACAACCUUCUGCACCAACCGUGGCCCCAGAAAAGUAUAGUAUAGUAUAGUAUAGUAUACCGACACCCUGAGAGUAAACCUGGCCAGUCUCUGUUUGACUGUAAAUGAUCAGAGCAGAAAUACACUACAUGACCAAAAGUGGAGUUGGUCCCACCUUUGCUGCUAUAACAGCCUCCAUUCUUCAGGGAAGGCUUUCUACUAGAUGUUGGAACAUUGCUGCAGGGACUUGCAUCGGGCACUGAUGUUGGGUGAUUAGGCCUGGCUUGCAGUCAGCGUUCCAAUUCAUCCCAAAGGUGUUCGAUGGGGUUGCGGCUGCUCGGCCAUGGAAACCCAUUUCAUGAAGCUCCCGACAAACACCUUCUUGUGCUGCCGUUGCUUCUAGAGGCAGUUUGGAACUCGGGAGUGAGUGUUGCUACCAAGGACAGGCGAUUUUUACACGCUACGCGCUUCAGCACUCGGCGGUCCCGUUCUGUGAGCUUGUGUGGCCUACCACUUCGCGGCUGAGCUGUUGUCACUCCUAGCCGUUUCCACUUCACAAUAACAGCACUUACUGUUGACCAGGGCAGCUCUAGCAGCGCAGAAAUUUGACGAACUGACUUGUUGGAAAGGUGGCAUCAUAUGAUGGUGCAACGUUAAAAGUCAUUGAGCUCUUCAGUAAGGCCAUUCUACUGCCAAUGUUUGUUAAUGGAGAUUGCAUGGCUGUAUUCUUGAUUCUAUACACCUGUCAGCAAGGGGUGUGGCUGAAAUAGCCAAAUCCACUAAUUUGAAGUGGUGCCCACAUACUUUCGUAUAUAUAGUGUAGCUUCCUGCCUGUCAGAUAAUAACAGAAUUUGCAAUAAAUGGCAAUCACGUGGCAUCAUCAUCCCUGCAGUCUGCUCUGCUCUGCAUCUCCUUCUUAUUUAUGAGCUUUGGCUGGCAAGGGGGUGAGCCAGGAAAAGUCUCUGAUUAGCACCACUGAGUAUGUGAGCUGUGGUAGUAACUCUCAGCAGCCCGCUUUUAAGAAUUUCCCUUACAUCCGCAGUUUUUUUAUACCAGCUUUUAAGUGACAAGGAAUCAUGUUUGCUAGGACUCCAUUUACUCCAAGUCUAAGCUAGCAUCAUACACCUGUCAGGAACCAUGUGGAGUGCUGGUUGAGCAUCAUGUCAUGUGACUUAAUUAUACUGAACAAAAAUAUAAACACAACAUGUAAAGUGUUGGUCCCAUGUUUCAUGAGCUGAAAUAAAAGAUCACAGACAUUUUCCAACGCUCAUAUCUCUCAAUUUUUUGCCACUAAUUUGUUUACAUCCCUGUUAGUUUGAAUUUCUCCUUUGCCAAGAUAAUCCAUCCACCUGACAGGUGUGGCAUAUCAAGAAGCGGAUUAAACAGCAUGAUCAUUACAUAGGUGCACCUUGUGCUGGGGACAAUAAAAGGCCACUCUAAAAUGUGGAGUUUUGUCACACAACACAAUGCCACAGAUGUUUCAAGUUUUAGGGAGCAUGCAAUUGGUAUGCUGACUACCAGAGAAUUUAAUGUUCAUACAGUGGGGGAAAAAAAGUAUUUAGUCAGCCACCAAUUGUGCAAGUUCUCCCACUUAAAAAGAUCAGAGAGGCCUGUAAUUUUCAUCAUAGGUACACGUCAACUAUGACAAACAAAUUGAGGAAAAAAAAAAUCACAUUGUAGGAUUUUUAAUGAAUUUAUUUGCUAAUUAUGGUGGAAAAUAAGUAUUUGGUCACCUACAAACAAGCAAGACUUCUGGCUCUCACAGACCUGUAACUUCUUCUUUAAGAGGCUCCUCUGUCCUCCACUCGUUACCUGUAUUAAUGGCACCUGUUUGAACUUGUUAUCAGUAUAAAAGACACCUGUCCACAACCUCAAACAGUCACACUCCAAACUCCACUAUGGCCAAGACCAAAGAGCUGUCAAAGGACACAAGAAACAAAAUUGUAGACCUGCACCAGGCUGGGAAGACUGAAUAUGCAAUAGGUAAGCAGCUUGGUUUGAAGAAAUCAACUGUGGGAGCAAUUAUUAGGAAAUGGAAGACAUACAAGACCACUGAUAAUCUCCCUCGAUCUGGGGCUCCACGCAAGAUCUCACCCCGUCGGGUCAAAAUGACCACAAGAACGGUGAGCAAAAAUCCCAGAACCACACGGGGGGACCUAGUGAAUGACCUGCAGAGAGCUGGGACCAAAGUAACAAAGCCUACCAUCAGUAACACACUACGCCGCCAGGGACUCAAAUCCUGCAGUGCCAGACGUGUCCCCCUGCUUAAGCCAGUACAUGUCCAGGCCCGUCUGAAGUUUGCUAGAGUGCAUUUGGAUGAUCCAGAAGAGGAUUGGGAGAAUGUCAGAUGAAACCAAAAUAUAACUUUUUGGUAAAAACUCAACUCGUCGUGUUUGGAGGACAAAGAAUGCUGAGUUGCAUCCAAAGAACACCAUACCUACUGUGAAGCAUGGGGGUGGAAACAUCAUGCUUUGGGGCUGUUUUUCUGCAAAGGGACCAGGACGACUGAUCCGUGUAAAGGAAAGAAUGAAUGGGGCCAUGUAUCGUGAGAUUUUGAGUGAAAACCUCCUUCCAUCAGCAAGGGCACUGAAGAUGAAACGUGGCUGGGUCUUUCAGCAUGACAAUGAUCCCAAACACACCGCCCGGGCAACGAAGGAGUGGCUUCGUAAGAAGCAUUUCAAGGUCCUGGAGUGGCCUAGCCAGUCUCCAGAUCUCAACCCCAUAGAAAAUCUUUGGAGGGAGUUGAAAGUCCGUGUUGCCCAGCGACAGCCCCAAAACAUCACUGCUCUAGAGGAGAUCUGCAUGGAGGAAUGGGCCAAAAUACCAGCAACAGUGUGUGAAAACCUUGUGAAGACUUACAGAAAAUGUUUGACCUGUGUCAUUGCCAACAAAGGGUAUAUAACAAAGUAUUGAGAAACUUUUGUUAUUGACCAAAUACUUAUUUUCCACCAUAAUUUGCAAAUACAUUUUUUUUCUCAUUUUGUCUGUCAUAGUUGACGUGUACCUAUGAUGAAAAUUACAAGCCUCUCUCAUCUUUUUAAGUGGGAGAACUUGCACAAUUGGUGGCUGACUAAAUACUUUUUUCCCCCACUGUAUCUCUACCAAAAGCCGCCUCCAAUGUUGUUUUAGAGAAUUUGGCAGUACGUCCAACCGGCCUCACAACCGCAGAACACCGUAUGGUGUCGUGUGGGCGAGCGGUUUGCUGAUGUCAAAGUUGUGAACAGAGUGCCCCAUGGUGGCAGUGGGGUUAUGGUAUGGGCAGGCAUAAGCUAUGAACAACGAACACAAUUGUAUUUUAUCGAUGGCAAUUUGAAUGCACAGAGAUACCGGAACGAGAUCCUGAGGCCCAUUGUCGUGCCAUUCAUUUGCCGCCAUCACCUCAUGUUUCAGCAUGAUAAUGCACAGCCCCAUGUCGGAAGGAUCUGUACACAAUUCCUGGAAGCUGAAAAUGUUCAAGUUUUUCCAUGGCCCGUAUACUCACCAGACAUGUCACCCAUUGAGCAUGUUUGGGAUGCUCUGGAUCGAUGUGUACGACAUCGUGUUCCAGUUCCUGCCAAUGUCCAGCAACUUCGCACAGCCAUUGAAGAGUGGAACAACAUUCCACAGGCCACAAUCAACAACCUGAUCAACUCUAUGCAAAGGAAAUGUGUUGCGCUGCGUGAGGCAAAUGGGGGUCUCACCAGAUACAGACUGGUUUGCUGAUCCACGCACCUACCUCUUUUUUAAUGAUAUCUGUGAUACAUAUAUGUACAUUUACAUUUACAUUUACGUCAUUUAGCAGACGCUCUUAUCCAGAGCGACUUACAAAUUGGUGCAUUCACCUUACAGCCAGUGGGAUAACCACUUUACAAUAUGUAUUAACGGUUGUGAAAUCCAUACAUUAGGGCCUAAUUUAUUUAUUUAAAUUUGUAUUUAUUAUGCCAAGGCAGCAGAUACUCUUCCUGGGGUCCAGCAAAAUUAAGGUAAGUAAUAUCCCUGCUGUUCCAUAAGGUGUAUUUGUAUCUGGUUUUUUUUAAAUCAAAUGUUACUGCUUGCACCAGUUACUUGAUGUGGAAUAGAGUUCCAUGUAGUCAUGGCUCUAUGUAGUACUGUGCGCCUCUCAUAGUCUGUUCUGGACUUGGGGACUGUGAAGAGACCUCUUGUGGCGUGUCUUGUGGGGUAUGCAUGGGUGUCCGAGCUGUGCGCCAGUAGUUCAAACAGACAGCUCGGUGCAUUCAACAUGUCAAUACCUCUCAUAAAUACAAGUAGUGAUGAAGUCAAUCUCUCCUCCACUUUGAUCCAGGAGAGAUUGACAUGCAUAGUAUUAAUUUGAGCUCCCUUUUGUGGCACCUGACCACACGACUGAACAGUAGCCCAGGUGCGACAAAACUAGGGCCUGUAGGACCUGCCUUGUUGAUAGUGCUGUUAAGAAGGUAGAACAGCGCUUUAUUAUGGACAGACUUCUCCCCAUCUUAGCUACUGUUGUAUCAAUAUGUUUUGACCAUGACAGUUUACAAUCCAGGGUUACACCAAGCAGUUUAGUCAACUCAACUUGCUCAAAAUCCACAUGAUGUAUUACACGAUUUAGUUGAGGUUUAGGGUUUAGUGAAUGACUUGUCCCAAAUACAAUGCUUUUAGUUUUAGAAAUAUUUAGGACUAACUUAUUCCUUGCCUCCAACUCUGGAAGUAACUGCAGCUCUUUGUUAAUUGUUGCAGUCAUUUCAGUUGCUGUAGUAGCUGACGUGUAUAGUGUUGAGUCAUCCGCCUACAUAGACACACUGGCUUUACUCAAAGCCAGUGGCAUGUCGCUAGUAAAGAUUGAAAAAAGUAAGGGGCCUAGACAGCUGCCCUGGGGAAUUCCUGAUUCUACCUGGAUUAUGUUGGAGAGGCUUCCAUUAAAGAACACCCUCUGUUUUCUGUUAGACAGGUAGCUCUUUAUCCACAAAUAGCAGGGGGUGUAAAGCCAUAACACAUACGUUUUUCCAGAAACAGACUAUGAUCGAUAAUGUCAAAAGCCACACUGAAGUGUAACAAAACAGCCCCCACUAUCUUUUUAUCAUCAAUUUCUCAGUCAUUUGUGUAAGUGCUUGUUGAAUGUCUUUCCCUUUAAGCAUGCUGAAAGUCUGUUGUCAAUUUGUUUACUGUAAAAUAGCAUUGUAUCUGGUCAAACACCAUUUUUUCCAAAAGUUUACUAAGGGUUGGUAACAGGCUGAUUGGUCGGCUAUUUGAGCCAGUAAAAGGGGCUUUACUAUUUUUAGGUAGCGGAAUUACUUUUGCUUCCCUCCAGGCCUAGGGGCACACACUUUCUAGUAGGCUUAGAUUGAAGAUAUGGCAAAUAGGAGUGGCGAUAUCGUCCGCUAUUAUCCUCAGUAAUUUUUCAUCCAAGUUGUCAGACCCCGGUGGCUUGUCAUUGUUGAUAGACAACAAUAACUUUUUCACCUCUUCCACACUCACUUUACGGAAUUCAAAAUUACAAUGCUUGUCUUUCACAAUUUGGUGAGAUAUAAUUGGAUGUGUACUGUCAGCGUUUGUUACUGGCAUGUCAUGCCUAAAUUUGCUAAAUUAUUAAAGUAGUUGUCAAUAUCAGUCGGUUUUGUGAUGAAUGAGCCAUCUGAUUCAAUGAAUGAUGGAGCUGAGUUUGCCUUUUUGCCCAAAACUUCAUUUAAAGUGCUCCAACGCUUUUUACUAUCAUUCUUUAUGUCAUUUAUCUUUGUUUCAUAGUUUAGUUUCUUCUUCUUCUUUUUAUUCAGUUUAGUCACAUGAUUUCUCAAUUUGUAAUACGUAUGCCAAUCGGUUGUGCAGCCAGACUUAUUUGCCAUUCCUUUUGCCUCAUCCCUCUCAACCAUACAAUUGUUAAAUUCUUCAUCAAUCCAGCGGAGGGUGAGCUGCACACAGUGGACUUCCUACUAGAGCACAACGCCUCAGUGCAACGCCUCAGUGCUAACAGUAUAAAUCUAAUUCAUAGGCACAUGAUUACUGCAUACAAAAGCUGUAGGAUCAGCAGAGGCAUUCAGGGCAGUUAGAGGGACAUAAAUUAGGUUACUUACAUUGUGUCUUCCAACGCCCCUGGUAUAAUGUACAUUUGCUGAAGCCUUUUGACAACUCAGCGUCACAAUGGUAGGGAUUAACUGAGCUGGGCUUGGGUCAUUGAUACGUCAGUUUCUCAAUUCAGCCUUAUAAUGCUGCGAAAGGAUCCAGGAACCCAAAUUAUUUGGAUGGAUCCCAUCGUCCUUAUAAAAUGUGUUUUGUUUCCAAAAUGUGUCAAAAUUGUAAACAAAAGUUACACCCGUUGAGCUGCAAUAAUCACGUAGCCAGUUGUAAAGAGAAUUAAUCCUGCUAAAGCGUUCAAUGCCACGUUUCAGAGAGGGCAUAGGGCCAGAUAUGAAGGGUCUUUUGUUAGUGUCUAGCAGAGAGUCUCUUUAAAAUCCAGUUUCAACUGUUCAGAGCUGCCCUUCAUAAUGUAAUUAAAACCCACAUGGACUACAAUAGAAUCGAUUUCCAUGUUCUGACGUAGUACAUUCAGGAGCAGCUUAGUAAUGUCAUUUACUCAAGCUCCGGGAUAGGACAUUGUUUUUGCACCAGGAACGGUCACAUUUCUUACCAUGGAGCUGCCCAAAAUCACAGCUGGCGAGAAGGACAAGGAAAUCCGCCCACUCCCAUGCUUCACAGGAUUCUGAGAACCCUUUAUGGAUGGGCGAGAGGCAGGAUAACUUGAGCCCGUUGCUCCCGGCGCCUGGUGCAGGCCUCCUACAGAUUGAGAAGCCCCGCUCGAUCCAGAUCAGGGACUGAAGGUUGCCGAUGUCGACUUCGAAAUCGUAGGAGUAGGCACUGCGUCCGCAGACACAGGUACCCCCAGCGAUGAAGGUGCAGGAAGAUCAGGCUCCAGGACGGUGAAACUAUUUGUUGUUUGUAUCAGCUCUGGGCCUCUCGUUGGGAGUGUAGACUGCUUUGCAGAAGGCUGCUGUCUUCGGCUUCCACGGCUCGUGACAUGCGACCAUCAUUGAUUGCCAUGCUCCUCUUGCUCUGCUCCUUCGACUCCGCUAUCAAAUGGGGGAGCUACGGGCAACACCAGCCAGUUGGAUAACGACAAACGACAAGGCGGAGAUGCAUCCAACAAGCGCAAACGCCGUUUAGCCACCGGCAUAGAAAAGGUCAACAUUCCACUCUGCGUUUUCAAGGAAGCCACCUCAAGCCUAUAAUCCUCGGCAAGCAAACAAUUGCCGCAUUGGAACUCUGAGUGAUCCGGUUUGUUCCGAAACAAAGCAUAGUAGAUGCAGCUCCUACAGCACUGGAACCAUUCAUUUAUUUAUCCAGACAAAGAGGACUCCAUUGCAAAACUCAUCUGGGACUAACUUCCUUAGUUUGAUGGCUAGCAGCUUAGCAUCUCUGUCAAGCAGGCUUCAACCUGUCUGUUAAGAGCGAUUCCGGGACAAGAAAUAGUGCUCCUAGAUGUUAAAAGCUAACCUCGUUGUGGAAUCCAUGCAAAAUCAAGUUCGGUAUUUAUAUUUAUUGAAUAUUUGUUAUGUUUUAGUCAAAAAUAACAAACCAAGUGUUUCCGCAUACAGUGUUCAGCUGCACACUCAAUUGACUGAUUUCCUUAUAUGAACUGUAACUCAGUAAAUUCUUUGAAAUUGUUGCAUGUUGCGUUUACUUUUUUUGUUCAGUGUAAUUGCACACUCUUCCAUGGAAAUAUCAUGUGGAUACCUGUCAGAAAUGUCACGGCAUAAAUGCCUCAAACAUGACACUCAUUAAUUCAAACAGUAGCUCAGAAUAACUUCAAUCAAAAUUACUGCCUUCAAGUUUUCUCCCCCAGCCCCCCUUCCCGCAGCCUCUGCUGUUUGGAAAAAUAAGCAUUUGCCAAAAAUGGAGGGAGUGCAUAGUGAGGUUGGAAGGGUUCAGGCAGCUCUGCCGCACUCUCUCCAUAUUCAUAUUCCUCCAGCAGCUGUGUUAUCACUUAAACGUCUUUCUAAUUACAACAACGGGACAAAACUCCUUUGGAUUCAGUCCAGACCUGCUAAAUGAUAAAAUAAGCAUUCAUUCUCUCACUACCUGUUUUUCUCCCUCUUAAUCUCCACAAAGCACCUUGGAGACCGCUCACCCAAAUACAUACCAAUGAAGGCGGAAGUGCCAUUCGGAGAUGCAGGUGUCACAUUUGAUAAUAAACUUCUGGUUGAGAUAUGCCUGGGCUAAUGAGGCACUGGGCUAGCCUGUCAGGGUUGGAACCAUUGACAGCGGGGAUUGUUUGGGGGCCGAUAACGUUCUGCGUUGCGCCAACAUUCCAAAUUCCAUCAUUAAUAAACAGAGCUGCCUGGGUCUCUAUCAUAGGGAGCGUCUGGAUCCGUGUGUUAAGUGAGAGACAUUGCUUUCCAUUACAGAAUGCUUGGGGGAUUCAGGGUGUGAGGACUAGAGGAGGAUAAUGGGGUGGAUAAUCUGCUCAUAUUUAUUUAGCUGUUUGUGAGGGUUUUAUACUGAUUCCAUACGUCAGUGGCAGUGGCGGCUCCUGAAAAAAUUCUCAGGAGGGGCAAUUUUUCUGAUGAUUUAGGUGACCUACACACAUUUUAAAAAAGAUAUGUCCAGCAACAACAUGAAGACAGGGGCAGCAUAUAAGUCAAUACCAGAAGCAUUUAUUGACUGAUCUGGGGAGAUGGAUUCCAGUUUCUGUGACAGAUUAUAAAUAAUCUCUGAUGCCUUUGUUAUAUUAGCUUUUGGUUGAAUGUACUGUCGUAGUAAAUAUAUAAUGUUAUAGCUUGGUCUGACUAAAAUCUUGUGCAUGACCCAUUUUGUGUUGGGCGUUUGUUUUCAAUCAAUGCUGUUCCUAUCCUAUAACAAUGGACAAAAGAGUCCUAUCUUGUCAGCCUUGUCAGCAGGUGGCCAAGGACAACACCCACGCCAUAGGUCUCUCAGUUCUUCCAACUCACGAGUUCUUGCUCUGAGGACACACACACACACACACACACACACACACAUCAUCACUGAUAACACACACACACACACACAUCAUCACUGUUAAACACACACACACACACACACAAAAAUCCCCUCUCUUUAGGCUGAACAUUUGAAGACAGAGAACCCGACUCAGAGCCAAUGCAACAGUGGAGGGGACCUCGCCCAACUCAUCAGGACCAAUCAGAAGAUCAGAACUACUAGAUUCAACCUACAUCAUUUAUUGUAUAAAAUGUCUGCACACAAUGUUUUCGGGGCUCUCUUCAGAUAGCUCCCUAAGAGUUUGACAAACGGGUCCGUGCACGCGAUUCCAGAUAUCUUUACCUCUGAAUAAACUGCCUUUAUUAUACCAUAUCCACCCUGUCCAAAGUCUCUACUUGGUCUCAGUUCUCCAGUAAACUUGUGAUUAUCAACAGUACACAACGGUAACAAACAAUUGGGGGAACUCACGGGGCAGAUAGUAAGGUCGCAGUGACACAGAAAGCAGUUCAAUGUCGAGGGGUACAGAGUCGCUCUCUUACCAGGAUCGCGGUCCGCUCUGACCAGGGUGAAGCCGGCCGGCUCCACUUCUCUGUCCGGGACUCUGUCAUCCAGCCAAGUCUCCCAGCUGUAUUGGAUUCCGCUGCCAGCAGCGUUUUCAUUAUUUAGUCCGUUCGUAGCGGGUAUGUACACGAUCAACAAGAUCAGUCCAAAACCCACCACUGUAAAAAUCCAUGGUUGGCAGAAUGUUUGUAAACUAAGUCUACAAAUUAAAAACAUAAAAUAACGCCACACUGCAGGUCGCAACAGAGACGCUGCUAGCUGCUAUUUUCUUAGUUACGUUCAUGGUUACGUCACGUAUGACGAAAGCGCGUAAGUGCAAGCCCACAGACACCCAUAGAGAAUGUAUUGAAAGCUUUGAAAUUUGAAAAAAAUAGAUUUUACAUGACAGGCUAUGAGAGACUUCUGGGCGAUUUUCAACCUGACUGAAAUCGCCCCAAAAACGGGCGGGGCCAUUUGAAGCACGACUUUAGCCUGAUUUGACAUUUAGUGGCAGUCAGAUCAGAUUAGAACACUGAUAACUAGUACUGUUGCCGUGAUAUAAUUGAUUAGAAAAAAAUCCCUUCCUUUUCCCGUUUGGCAGUGCGUCGCCCAUAUCGCCCUAUUGAACAGGCCGUCCCUGGUCAGUGGUAAAUUAAUCAGAAGAACAGAAGAAAGCUACAGUUGAAGUCGGAAGUUUACAUACACUUAGGUUGGAGUCAUUAAAACUCGUUUUUCAACCACUCCACAAAUUUCUUGUUAACAAACUAUAGUUUUGGCAAGUCGGUUAGAACAUCUACUUUGUGCAUGACACAAGUCAUUUUUCCAACAAUUGUUUACAGACAGAUUAUUUCACUUAUAAUUCACUGUAUCGCAAUUCCAGUGGGUCAGAAGUUUACAUACACUAAGUUCACUGUGCCUUUAAACAGCUUGGAAAAUUCCAGAAAAUGAUGUCAUGGCUUUUGAAGCUUCUGAUAGGCUAAUUGACAUAAUUUGAGUCAACCUGUGGAUGUAUCUGUGGAUGUAUUUCAAGGCCUACCUUCAAACUCUGUGCCUCUUUGCUUGACAUCAUGGGAAAAUCAAAAGAAAUCAGCCAAGACCUCAGAAAAAAAUGUUAGACCUCCACAAGUCUGGUUCAUCCUUGGGAGCAAUUUCCAAACGCCUGAAGGUACCACGUUCAUCUGUACAAAUAAUAGUAUGCAAGUAUAAACACCAUGGGACCACGCAGCCGUCAUACCGCUCAGGAAGGAGACGCGUUCUGUCUCCUAGAGAUAACGUACUUUGGUGCGAAAAGUGCAAAUCAAUCCCAGAACAACAGCAAAGGACCUUGUGAAGAUGCUGGAGGAAACAGGUACAAAAGUAUCUAUAUCCACAGUAAAACAAGUCCUAUAUCGACAUAACCUGAAAGGCCGCUCAGCAAGGAAGAAGCCACUGCUCCAAAACGCCUUAAAAAAGCCAGACUACGGUUUGCAACUGCACAUGGGGACAAAUAUCAUACUUUUUGGAGAAAUGUACUCUGGUCUGAUGAAACAAAAAUAGAAGUGUUUGGCCAUAAUGACCAUCGUUAUGUUUGGAGGAAAAAGGGGGUAGCUUGCAAGCCGAAGAACACCAUCCCAACCGUGAAGCACGGGGGUGGCAGCAUCAUGCUGUGGGGGUGCUUUGCUACAGGAGGGACUGGUGCACUUCACAAAAUAGAUGGCAUCAUGAGGAAGGAAAAUUAUGUGAAUAUAUUGAAGCAACAUCUCAAGACAACAGUCAGGAAGUUAAAGCUUGGUCGCAAAUGGGUCUUCCAAAUGGACAAUAACCCCAAGCAUACUUCCAAAGUUGUGGCAAAAUGGCUUAAGGACAACAAAAUCAAGGCAAGGAGGCCUACAAACCUGACUCAGUUACACCAGUUCUGUUUGGAGGAAGCUUGUGGAAGGCUACCCAAAACGUUUGACCCAAGUUUAACAAUUUAAAGGCAAUGCUACCAAAUACAAAUUGAUGAAAAUAAAUAAAAGCUGAAAUAAAUUAUUCUCUCUACUAUUAUUCUGACAUUUCACAUUCUUAAAAUAAAGUGGUGAUCCUAACUGACCUAAGACAGGGAAUUUUUACUAGGAUUAAAUGUCAGGAAUUGUGAAAAACUGAGUUUAAAUGUAUUUGGCUAAGGUGUAAACUUCCGACUUCAACUGUAUGUAUUGUUAUUUAUUUAGCUCGUUUUGAAAUUAAAAGCAGGAAUUUAGAACCUUUCAGUGGAGUGUUUUGACCAACUUUUAAAAGACCAUCCAAAGGUCAACAAGAAUAGGUCAUUUUUCUGUCAUUAUUUGAAACUCUCUACCAAUAUCUAUUCUACCCCUAUUGGACUAAUAUGUGGAUCUGGUGAAUAUGUUUCUCUGUUCACAUUGUUUUUAGGUUUUUACCCUACAUCGCAGCCACAGACAAAGCACAUGCCUACAAUCGUUACAUCAUAGUGCAGCAGGAGAGAGCGAUUUCAUCAUGGUAGCACAUUCAGAGAUCGAUUUAUAGCCAUUCAUCUAAAAUAAUUGAUAUCGAUUUUAAACAAAACACACUUCCUGUUUGUCAUAGAUGGACAAGUUUAAUAUAAGAUGAACAGGCUCAGGAAGCCAAGCUAGAGCUCUGUAAAAAGUUCACAAUGAUGGUGGCUGACCUUUUGAUCAAGAGAGACCUUUAGAAAAUAUUCACAUUUUCUCUAAAUAUAAAAAAAUGUAUUUUACAGUUAUAAGGAAAGUGAAAUAUUAUAGUUAAUAGUUUUAUAAUUUGAUUAUGCUGUAUUUAGAAAGCACAUACUGUAAGUCAUUUCAAGCCUGAUUCAUAGUUUUGUUGAAUAGGAAAUAAAUCAUAUAAAAUAUAAUAUUUUCAUAUUUCUACCAUAUUUGUACUGUGUACUUGAGCUUGUGUCUUCAAAAGUGACUACACCUCAGAGCAAUUUAUAACUAUUUUUACCAGAAAGGUGAGAUUUGAACCUUUCUUUGGGUAUGCAGCAUUACUAUACUGGAAAAUUAUAUAAACACAACAUGCAACAAUUUCAAAGCUUUUACUGAGUUACAGUUCAUAGAAGGAAAUCAGUCAAUUGAAAUAAAUAAAUUAGGCCCUAAUCUAUGCAUUUCAUAAGACUAGGCAGGGGCACAGCCACUUGGGAGCCAGGUCCAACAAAACUGACAAACUAAUCAGCCUAUACUCCGGGGUUUUAUGUUUUAUGUUUACUGUUCCGAUUUUGUAUUCUGUGCAUUCUGUUUGUAUAUUGUCUAUUGCUGGCAGCACCUUCUCACUAAGUCAAAUUCCGGGUAUGUGUAAAUGUACUUGGCGAUUAAAGGUGAUUCUGAUUCUGAUCAUUCAACAAAACUUGAUAAAAGUUGUAAUCGUCCAACUCUGCAAGGGGGUCAUUGCUUGCAGCAGCCAUUCUACACAUGGCUUCUACACAUGGUUCUCUGAAAGCAAUCAUGAGAGAAGCUCAGGGUCACUGGAAAAUAACCAUACAUAACUUUUGAUCUACAGAACACAGUUGGAAGCUGUUUUCACAGUCCUAAAUGUUAAAUUAGAAGGAAGUGGACAUUUGUUGGCUCUGGGUCUUUGGAAGAAGACAAGAGUUAGUUGGAGACUAGGAGAGGACUGUCUGUCUGACUGUCACUUUGCAGGAGCUUAGCUCUUCCAGACAGUAAAGCAGGCUGACAGCAACUGGUUACCCACACCAAUAACUGUCCGUCAAGAAACUCCCUCAACUCCCUCAACUCGCUCUUCCAACAAAAAAGGAGAAAAUUGGACACAGGUUGAAUUUUGGGGCAUAUGCGUCAAGACCCUCAAAACUCACUGCACCCCCACCCCCCUGCCCCACCCAUCUGUAGGACAGAAUAUAAAUAUGAAUAUGAAAUGUGCAUAUAUGUCUCUCACCUUGCCACCUUUAUGCUCAGGUGCGUUGCCCCUAAACAAGCGUCCUGGCCCUGGGAUUGUAGCGGAUGUUCAGUUGCUUCCGCCGUCUGUUUGUUCUAGUACUCUGGCUUUGCGAUCAAUGAGGACACAGGUGCGGGGCGCAGAUGGCAGCGUGCUGAUACCAGGGGGGUGCAGGUUGGCUGGAGGGGGAGUGGAGGGGGGUUCAGAGACCGAGCCACGAUGACAGAAUGGCUACGCCCCACCCUCCCACCUCCUGGAAACCAUGCAGUCCCAUCUUCACUAAUGGAGGUUGUUGUUGUUAUGUUCUCAGUACAAACUUUUGAUUUAUGGUUCAAGCAAAGGGAAACUGCACUCUGAAGCAUAGUUUUAGUGUUCUGAGUUCCAAUUUAAUAGAUCCUUGGACAUAAAAGGCUUAGGUCUCCUCGGGAGCUAAUCAUAACAAAGUAGCAAGGGUAGCCUAUUACCACUGUAGUGUCCAUUUAACACUGGUUUUAAUAGUCCAAUACUAUGUAAAAAGUGACUCAUGUUAAAGCUUAACUCUCAAAGGUGUGGAAUGUUAGGCUACUCCCCUCUGUAUGCUAUGGUAUGUCUAAUGCCAUGUGAAUCUCUGUGUAAUCUGGAUUCACAAACUGAGGAUGCAAUUGAUUAUGGUAUAUGAGCAAGAAAAUUAUGAAUUAGAGACAAAUCAGAUACUAAUAAGGUUUCGAGAUACUCUUAAUUCUCAUCUCAUUGCUGAACACUUGUUUAUGACGAAGUGCAGUGUGGUAACAGUGAUCCAUGGAGAGAACGCCAUCUUGUGGAGAAGAGGUGUCACCUCUUGAUCAACUGCUACAAUCGUUGCAGAUAGUGGAUGUUUUUCUGCACUGCACUCUCAGAAGGGUGUUUGAUUUAUACAGCCCAGUUCAAGUUGAGAAAUUUAAUUACAGCUAAAGUGCCACUGCCAUCCUGCUCACAGAUCUGAGAUCACAUACAAAGAAAAGAGCCCAUUAGUUGAGUACACAGCAAAAUCUCCAGUGUUAAAUCAACACUGAGAGUGUUAAAUUGAACACUGGUCCAGUGUCUAUACGGGUCCACCCUUUUCAGUGUUAAAUUAACACACUGCUUAGCGUAAAGCCUUAUUUGCAUAUUUCCCAGAGAGACAAACAGUAACCUAACUACUAGGAUUCUUUUAUGUUUUCCCCACGCCUAUUUUCCAAUCAAAUGUAUGAAUGAAGUUUUAAUGUUUUCCAAUAUAUUUUGCAUAAUCAUUGUGAUUAAUGGUAAUAUUUAUGAUCUCUUGCUUUUUAUGACUAAACAGGCAUCUGUAAAAAUGCAUUUGGUUGGUUUAGGCUAGCUAGUUAGCGGUGCACGCUAGUAGCGUUCAAGUGGUGAAGUCACCUCUUUUAAGACCAUAAAGUAGUAUUCCCUUGCUCCGUGUGGGUGAAGGUUGUCGAUGUGUUCAGAGGGUCCCGGGUUUGAGCCCAGGAUGGGGCAAGGAGAGGGGGAAGCAACACUGUUACAUUGGUGCCGUGACCUGAAUCACUCAGUUGGGCUCUGUCCGACUGCUGGGGUUGCUGCGGAGAAGGAGGAGGUCAAAGGGGGGUGAGUGUUGCCGAUGUGAAAUGGCUAGCUAGUUAGCGGUGUGGGCUAGUCACAUCAAAUCAAAUUUUAUAUUCCACAUGCGCCGAAUACAACAGGUAUUACAGUGAAACAUUUUUUUUUUUUUUUUAGGGGUAGAUCAGCUUUAAUAUUUCAGAUAGAUUGUAACUUCCAUCAAUGUAAUUGUCUGCAUCACUUCCAAUCCCCCAUAUGUUUUUUUUCAUCGCAUAUAUAUAUAUAUAUAUAUAUAUAUAUAUAUACACACAUACAAACACACACACACACACAUAUAUACUGUACAUAUAUACAGUGAGGGAAAAAAAGUAUUUGAUCCCCUGCUGAUUUUGUACGUUUGCCCACUGACAAAGAAAUGAUCAGUCUAUAAUUUUAAUGGUAGGUUUAUUUGAACAGUGAGAGACAGAAUAACAACAACAAAAAUCCAGAAAAACGCAUGUAAAAAAUGUUAUAAAUUGAUUUGCAUUUUAAUGAGGGAAAUAAGUAUUUGACCCCCUCUCAAUCAGAAAGAUUUCUGGCUCCCAGGUGUCUUUUAUACAGGUAACGAGCUGAGAUUAGGAGCACACCUAAUCUCAGCUUGUUACCUGUAUAAGAGACACCUGUCCACAGAAGCAAUCAAUCAAUCAGAUUCCAAACUCUCCACCAUGGCCAAGACCAAAGAGCUCUCCAAGAAUGUCAGGGACACGAUUGUAGACCUACACAAGGCUGGAAUGGGCUACAAGACCAUCGCCAAGCAGCUUGGUGAGAAGGUGACAACAGUUGGUGCAACUAUUCGCAAAUGGAAGAAACACAAAAUAACUGUCAAUCUCCCUCGACCUGGGGCUCCAUGCAAGAUCUCACCUUGUGGAGUUGCAAUGAUCAUGAGAACGGUGAGGAAUCAGCCCAGAACUACACGGGAGGAUCUUGUCAAUGAUCUCAAGGCAGCUGGGACCGUAGUCACCAAGAAAACAAUUGGUAACACACUACGCCGUGAAGGACUGAAAUCCUGCAGCGCCCGCAAGGUCCCCCUGCUCAAGAAAGCACAUAUACAUGCCCGUCUGAAGUUUUCCAAUGAACAUCUGAAUGAUUCAGAGGAGAACUGGGUGAAAGGGUUUUGCCACCAAGUACUAAGUCAUGUUUUGCAGAGGGGUCAAAUACUUAUUUCCCUCAUUAAAAUGCAAAUCAAUUUAUAACAUUUUUGAUAUGCGUUUUUCUGGAUUUUUUUGUUGUUAUUCUGUCUCUCACUGUUCAAAUAAACCUAUCAUUAAAAUUAUAGACUGAUCAUUUAUUUUGUCAGUGGGCAAACAUACAACAUCAGCAGGGGAUAAAAUAAUUUUUUCCAUCACUGUAGGCUGUCUCAUCGUUGUCGGUGAUCAGGCCUACCGCUGUUGUGUCGUCAGCAAACUUAAUGAUGGUGUUGGAGUUGUGCCUGGCCAUUGGUGAACAUGGAGUACAGGAGGGGACUGAGCACGCACCCCUGAGGGGCCCCCGUGUUGAGGAUCAGCGUGGCAGAUGUGUUGUUACCUACACUUACCACCUGGGGGCGGCCCGUCAGGAAGUCCAGGAUCCAGUUGCAGAGGGAGGUGUUUAGUCCCAGGAUCCUUAGCUUAGUGAUGAGCAUUGAGGGCACUAUGGUGUUGAACGCUGAGCUGUAGUCAAUGAACAGCAUUCUCACGUAGGUGUUCCUCUUGUCCAGGUGGAAAGGGCAGUGUGGAGUGCAAUAGAGAUUGCAUCAUCUGUGGAUCUGUUGGGGCGGUAUGCAAAUCGUGGGUCUAGGGUUUCUGGGAUAAUGGUGUUGAUGUGAGCCAUGACCAGCCUUUCAAAGCCCUUCAUGGCUACAGAGGUGAGUGCUAUGGGUCGGUAGUCAUUUAGGCAGGUUAUCUUAGUGUCCUUGGGCACAGGGACUAUGCUGGUCUGCUUGAAACAUGUUGGUAUUACAGACCCAGUCAGGGACAUGUUGAAAAUGUCAGUGAAGACACUUGCCUGUUGGUCAGCACAUGCUCGGAGUACACUUCCUGGUAAUCCGUCUGGCCCUGCGGCCUUGUGAAUGUUGACCUGCUUAAAAGUCUUAUUCACAUCUGCUAUGGAGAGCGUGAUCACAUAGUCAUCCGGAACAGCUGAUGCUCUCAUGCAUGCUUCAGUGUUGCUUGCCUCGAAGCGAGCAUAGAAGUGAUUUAGCUCGUCUGGUAGGCUUGUGUCACUGGGCAGCUCGCGGCUGUGCUUCCUUUUGUAGUCUGUAAUAGUUUUCAAGCCCUGUCACAUCCGACGAGUGUCAGAGCCGGUGUAGUACGGGUUAGAGUCCCGCUCCUUGAAAGCGGCAGCUCUACCCUUUAGCUCAGUGUGGAUGUUGCCUGUAAUCUACGGCUUCUGGUUGGGGUAUGUACGUAUGGUCACUGUGGGGACGACAUCAUCGAUGCACUUAUUGAUGAAGCCAGUGACUGAUGUGGUGUACUCCUCAAUGCUAUCUAAAGAAUCCCGGAACAUAUUCCAGUCUGUGCUAGCAAAACAGUCCUGUAGCUUAGCAUCUGGAUCAUCUGACCACUUUUUUAUUAACCGAGUCACUGGUGCUUCCUGCUUUAGUUUUUGCUUAUUAGCAGGAAUCAGGAGGAUAGAGUUAUGGUCAGAUUUGCCAAAUGGAGGGCGAGGGAGAGCUUUGUAUGCAUCUCUGUGUGUGGAGUAAAGGUGGUCUAGAGUUUUUUUUCCUCUUGUUGCACAUUUAACAUGCUGGUAGAAAUGAGGUAGAACGGAUUUAAGUUUCCCUGCAUUAAAGUCCCCGGCCACUAGGAGCGCUGCCUCUGGAUGAGCGUUUUCCUGUUUACUUAUGGCCUUAUACAGCUCAUUGAGUGCAAUCUUAAUGCCAGCAUCGGUUUGUGGUGGUAGAUAGACAGCUACGAAAAAUAUAGAUGAAAAGUCUCUUGGUAAAUAGUGUGGUCUACAGCUUAUCAUGAGAUACACUACCUCAGGCGAGCAAAACCUCGAGACUUCCUUAGUAUUAGAUUUUGUGCACCAGCUGUUGCUUACAAAUAUACACAGACCGCCACCCCUUGUCUUACCGGAGUCAGCCGUUCUAUCCUGCUGAUGUAGUGUAUAUCCCGUCAGCUGUAUGUUGUCCAUGUUGUCGUUCAGCCACAACUCGGUGAAACAUAAAAUAUUACAGUUUUUAAUGUCCCGUUGGUAGGAUAAGCGUAAUCUUAGGUCGUCCAAUUUGUUCUCAAAUGAUUGAACAUUGGCUAAUAGGAUUGAUGGAAGAGGCAGUUUACUUGCUCGCUGUCGGAUCCUUACAAUGCACCCCGACAUAUGUCCACGAUAUCUCUGCCUCUUUCUCAUGCGAAUGACGGGGAUUUUGGCCUUGUCGGGUGUCUGUAGGAUAUCCUUCGCGUCCGGCUCAUUGAAGAAAAAAUCUUUGUCCAAUACGAGGUGAGUAAUCGCUGUCCUGAUAUCCAGAAGCUCUUUUUGGUCAUAAGAGACGAUGGCAGAAACAUUAUGUACAGAAUAAAUUACAAAUAACGCGAAAAAACACACAUAAUAGUAAAAUUGGUUAGAGGGCUGUAAAACGGCAGCCAUCUUCUCCGGCGCCACUUCAAGAAGUAGCGUUAAAUCGGUGACAUCACCGGCUCUACGACCUUGAAGUAGUUGUUUCCCUUGCUCCACAAGGACUGUGGGUUUUGUGGAGUGAUAGGUAUCGAUGCUUCGUGGUUGACAGUAUCGAUGUAUUCAGAGGGUCCCUGGUUCGAGCCCAGAAUGGGGCAAGGAGAGGGACGAAGUUGAGAAAAUUAGUGGCCACUAGUAAUAAGUUAAAUACCAUUGGCAUAGCUCUAUGAUCAGAGAAAAGUAACUGUUAUUUAACUGUAGCAUCUGAUUCAGGGUUCAAUUCCAACCUAAUUAAUUGUGAACUUUGAAUAGCCUUUGUGUGUGUGUGUGUGUGUGUGUGUGUGUGUGUGUGUGUGUGUGUGUGUGUGUGUGUGUGUGUGUGUGUGUGUGUGUGUGUGUGCGUGUGCGUGUGCGUGUGAGUGUGUGUGGACAGAUGGCAUAGUACCACAGCUGACGCGCUACAAAACUGCACAUUUUGUAGCAGACUAUUAAAGACUUUUGCUGUUUACACAAAAACAACAUUUUGAUUCCCUCCUCCUCAGGCCAAUUUCAUCCUUUAUAAACCUUUAUUGCUGCUGUUGCUGCUUUGCUUUGAGAAGUGAUUGGCACAAUUUUAUUUGAAUUCUUACUUGGUACUAUAAACAGUAUAUUUCAAAAUGUAGUAGCUUGCUAAGAAAUCACCUGCAAUUAUAAUUUGAAGGUUAUGUGAAUACAUCACAUUACAUGUAAUGGGUGAACGUGUACACGUAAUGUUGAAAUAGCAAUUGUCAGAGCCUUAUAUUCUCAACAUAAGGCUCUGGCUUCAGCUGAAAUCAAUCAUACUAGCUCCAUUCACAUGCGUAUGAUUGUUUUGUGUGUUUGCCGUGCACAUCUCCAAAUGGAAAGGUACUAGAAUCCAGCAGAAGCAUUGUCCAGCUGGUCUGUCAGUACCCUGUCUCUUUCUUCUAGUGUUUAGCUCCAGAGUAUCAAGGUUGGCUCGUUAUCUCGGCAGCCAGACUUUUGUAAAUAGUCAUAUUAAAAGACGGAGAGGCUGUCAUUGGGAGAGAGAUAAAUGUUAUCACGGCUCCAAAGCCCUCCUUUCUUGUUCUUCUGCCUAAUUAGUUUGUUCUCUGGACUCCUGUGGAAUGUUCUAUGCCAAGGCUUCUAGAAUUUCAUUAUCCAGGACUUUCAUAUGAAAAGUGUUCGUUCUAGGAUGUAUAUUGAAUGCGGUGAAGUGGACUACAUGGGUUUUACUCAUGUUUGACUUGCACAGAGAGAAUUCAUUUAAUUCAUUUUCAAUCUAGUGUAUCUGAAUAUGACCUAUAAAUCAUGUCGUCUAAGCCCUAAGCAAUUGUACAGUGUGCUAACUGAAGCAGAGAGCAUACCAUAUACUUUAUGAUACAUCAUACACAACAUUGCUGUAUUGUUGCAGGCAUAGUGUGUUUUUUCUACAAUACACAUUUUAACUGAUAUUCAGACAGUAUCCGUACACAGUGUCUACCUGAUUACUACAAAGAAGAACACAUAUUUAGAAUUGAAGUGCUGAAUUCCACCAUGUUUUUUUUCACAGGUGGACAACUUUGGUGCACUACAACCAAACCUAUCAUGGAAGGAGAGGAGCUAGCUGCGUUUGCUGUGGUCAGCCAUGCAGGUCUCGCUGAGGGAAUGUACCCGGCCAGAUUGCUGGACUCCAUCCAACUAUUGCCCCAACAGGCCAACAUGGCAUCCAUACUUCCCAACGCUAUAGUCAAUAGUAAGUACAACUUAAAGCCUAGGAGACUAUGAAAUGUGUGUGUAUAAAAUAAAAUAAAAUCAACAACAACAAAAAUAUUUGUAACAUGCUAGGUAAACAACAGGUGUAGACUAACAGUGAAAUGCUUACGGGCCCUUCCCAACAAUGCAGAGAGAAAGAAAAUAUAUAUACCAGUACAGAGUCGAUGUGCAGGGGUACGAGGUAAUUGAGGUAGGUAUGUACAUAUAACUAGGAAUAAAGUGUCAGAUAAUAAACAGUAGCAGCAGCGUAUGUGAUGAGACAAAAAAGUUAGUGCAAAAAGGGUCCAUGCAGAUAGUCUGGGUAGCUAUAUGGUAACUAUUUAACAAACAAUUUAGCAGUCUUAUGGCUUGGGGCCUGUUCAGGGUCCUGUUGGUUCCAGACUUGAUGCAUCGGUACCGAUUGCCAUGCGGUAGCAGAAAGAACAGUCUAUGACUUGGGUGGUUGGAGUCUUUUACAAUUUUAAGGGCCUUCCUCUGGCACCGCCUGGUAUGGAGGUCCUGGAUUGCAGUGAGCUCGGCCCCAGUGAUGUUCUGGGCUGUACCCUCUGUUGCGCCUUGUGGUCAGAUGCCAAGCAGUUGCCAUACCAAGCAGUGAUGCAGCCAGUCAAUAUGCUCUCAAUAGUGCAGCUGUAUAACUUUUUGAGGAUCUGAGGGCCCAUGCCAAAUCUUUUCAGCCUCCUGAGGGGGAAGAGGUGUUGUUGUGCCCUCUUCACAUCUGUAUUGGUGUGUGUUUGUGCGUGCGUGUGGGUAUGCGUCCAUCCAUGCAUAGUUGUCUGUGUUUGUGUGUGUAGGCGUGUGUGUGUGUAUGCAUGCAUUCGUAGGUGUGUGUGUACGUAGGUUUGUGUAUUUUUGUGUUUGUGCGUGCGAAUGACAGGUCGUCUGAGCGCGACGUAUGUUGUUUGUUGUUGAACGCUGAAAGCUGAAUGAAAUUCCUGAACGAGAGACCACAGUUUAUUGUUUUUGUAAAGCUGACAGUGUUUUGAUAUACUUUUAUUUUAUUUUGGAGACUGCGGUUCUGUUGGGCUUAGCUUCUGUGAGCGCUGCUGUCUGUCCCGGGAUCCUGCCAGAUUCCGCAUAGGGGGAGAGACACAGAAACCUGGCUAACCUAGCUGGCUCGGCGGUCUCAAAUGGAGGUCGCUAUUGAAUGUUUCCAGCGCUGCAGGAGCUGUGUUUAUUUUGCUUUGUUCCGGGACAAUGUGGACCGUGCUGACUUUCAAUGUAGCAACUGCUUGCUUGCAGAGGACUACAGGGGCAAAGUGGCUACUCUUAGCAAGCAAGUAGCAAACCUACACAAGCUUACUGGGGAAUCCACGCCCUCCUACUUUUUAUUUUUCUUCCACCCCAGUAGCCGGACGCCGCUCUGGUCUGGUGGAAGUGUCGCCGCCGUGUCAGCUCUCCACAGCCGACUGGCCGGCAGCAGGGAUCCAUCUCCCCCUUCCCUGGAGAACGGAGCUGUUCUCGGCCCAUCCAACCAGCCAUGGAGAUACGUCACUCGCCGUGGAAAUAGAAGAAAGCAUCCUCUGGCAACGGGGUCUCCUUGGAGAUCAUGAUUGGUUGGAUGAAUAAUGCUUUUCCAGUGCUGAAAGCACUGUACGUGGUCUCCUUGGAGAUGUUAAGCCCGGACCUGACACAGAUCAGAAACGGCUUUGCCACGCUGGAUCCAGAGGUUCCGGCGCCUUCUUCCUUAGGGGCUUCCCAUUUAAGAUUGGACCUGCAACUUCGUCCUCUGUUCUGUCUCCCUCUCCAGUGGCUUCUACCUCGGGUUCAGAUCCUCAGAGUUCCCACCUUCAUCAGACCGUGAGGCUGCUUGAGAGUCCGGCCCAUUCAACAUCACCAGCUGUCAUCACCAGCUGUCAACUCUAUUCCACAUCAGGUAACUGAUGCAAGCAAUAGAAUCAGAUUUUAAAAAACGGGUAAAAAUACACCUUAUGGAACAACGGGGACUGUGAAAAGACACACACAAAGGUACAGACACAUGCAUACGCACACAUUGUGAUAUUGUUGUAUGGUGGUAUUAAACAUUUUGUAUUAUAGAUAUGUAUUGGUGUAAUAAUGUUAUAUGAUGUACUUUUUUAUCUUUUGUUUUAUAUAUAAUGUAAGUGCUUUAAUAUGUUUGGACCCCAGGAAGAGUAGCAGCAGUUGCUAAUGGGGUUCCCUAAUCAAUACAAAUACAAAUGUGUGUGUGUGGGUGUUUGUGUAUCAUUGUGAUGAGGUGUGUGUCAGGCGCAGGAGGUAAAACACUGAAAUCAAGAUGUCACGACUUCCGCCGAGGCUGCCCCCCCUCCUGGUUCGGGCAGACUUCGGCGUUCGUCGUCACCGGAGUACUAGCUACUGCCGAUCCCAUUCUCAUCACUCCACUUGUCAUGUCUUGUCAAUCACACACACCUGGUGCUCAUUCUCCUAAUUAGUAUGUGUAUAAGUGUUCCCUCUGUUUCCCUUGUCUUUGUGAUUGAUUGUUUUGUUGUGAGAGCGUGUAGCUUGGUUGAGCUACAUUUCACUGUGUAUUUGCCAAGGUGGAUGUUUUCCCUUGUACAGUUUCGUUUGACGCUUGGGGCAUUUGAUUUAUGCAAACGGAUUAAACUCUGGACCUUGGCUGCAUACAAGUAAGUAACUUGUAAGUAACUCAACCGAGCUACUCACUCUCACAACGAACAAUCACUCACAAAGGACAAGGGCAGAGGGAACACUUAUACACAGACUAAUGAGGGAAUGAGUACCAGGUGUGUGUGAUUGACAAGACAAGACAAAACAAGACAAAUGGAGUGAUGAUAAAUGGAGCGGUAGUGGCUAGUAAGCUGGUGAUGACGAACGCCGAAACCUGCCCGAGCAAGGAGGAGGGGCAGCCUCGGCUGAAUUUGUGACAGUACCCCCCCCCCCCCCCCUUGACGCGCAGCUCCAGUAGGGUGCCGACACCGGCCUCGGGGACAGCCAGGAGGACGCGGAGCAGGGCGAGUCGGAUGGCGAAGAUGGAAGUCCCUCAGCAGAGAGGGAUCGAGGAUAUCCCUCACCGGGACUCAGCACCGUUCCUCCGGACCGUACCCUUCCCACUCCACGAGGUACUGAAGGCCCCCCACCCGGCGCCUCGAAUCCAGGAUGGACCGGACAGAGUACGGCGGCGCCCCCUCGAUGUCCAAAGGAGGUGGAGGGACCUCCCGCACCUCAGACUCCUAGAGCGGACCAGCCACCACCGGCCUGAGGAGAGACACAUGAAACGAGGGGUUAAUACGGUAAUAAGGGGGAGUAAUAACCUAUAUGUGACCUCGUUGAUUCUCCUCAGGACUUUGAACGGCCCUACAAACCGCGGGCUCAGCUUCCGGCAGGGCAGGCGGAGGGGCAGAUUCCAGGUCGAGAGCCAGACCCGAUCCCCUGGUACAAAGACGGGGGCCUCACUGCAGUGACGGUCAGCGUUGGCCUUCUGACGACGCACGGCACAUAGGAGGUGAACAUGGUCAGCGUUCCACGUCUCCUCCGCGCGCCGAAACCAGUCAUCCACCGCAGGAGCUUCGGUCUGUCUCUGGUGCCACGGUGCCAGAACUGGUUGAUAACCUAAAACACACUGAAAUGGCGUUAGGUUCGUAGAGGAGUGGCGGAGAGAGUUCUGGGCAUAUUCUGCCCAUGGCAGGAACACCGACCACUCCCCCGGCCGGUCCUGGCAAUAGGACCUCAGGAACCUACCCACAUCCUGAUUAACCCGUUUCACCUGUCCAUUACUCUCAGGGUGGAACCCAGAGGUCAGGCUGACCGAGACUCCCAGACGUUCCAUGAACGCCUUCCAGACUUUUGACGUGAACUGGGGACUUCGGUCAGACACUAUAUCCUCUGGUACAGACGUGUGCAGGAGGAAACAUACACCCUCACGUCCUUAGCCAAGGUAGGCCACCAGUACUUUUCGGUCAGGCAGCGCACUGUACAACCGAUACCUGGGUGACCAGAGGAGGGUGACGUGUGUGCCCAGUAGAUCAGACGAUCACGGAUAAGCGCAGGCAUGUACUGCAGCCCAGCUGGACACUGCGGUGGAGAUGGAUCUGUGUGUAAUGCCUGCCCUAUAUCCGUGUCCAUCGCCCAUACUACUGGCGCCACAAUGCAGGAGUCUGGCAGUAUGGGGGUGUUGUCUCUGGGCCUCUCCUCUGUAUCAUACAGCCGGGACAGUGCGUCUGCCUUCACGUUCUUCAUACCCGGGAUGUAUGACAGUGUGAAAUCAAACCGGGUGAAGAAUAAGGCCCGCCUGGCCUGGCGAGGGUUCAGCCUCCUUGCUGCCCGGAUGUACUCCAGGUUACGGUGGUCCGUCCAGACGAGGAAUGGGUGUUUCGCCCCCUCGAGCCAAUGUCUCCACACUGUCAGAGCUCGGACAACAGCCAACAGCUCCCGAUCACCAACGCCGUAGUUCUGCUCUGCCGGGCUGAGCUUCUUUGAGAAGAACGCACAGGGGCUGAGCUUGGGUGGCGUGCCCGAGCGUUGAGACAGGACUGCUCCCAUCCCAACAUCGGACGCAUCCACCUCCACUACGAACGGUAGUGAUGGAUCGGGGUGGGCCAGUACCGGUGCCGAGGUGAACAGUUCCCUCAGGUUACUGAAGGCCCUGUCAGCCUCAGCAGACCAGCAGAGCCGGGACAGCCCACCCUUCAACAGAGAUGUAAUGGGAGCUGCGACCUUGCCAUAGCCCCGGAUAAACCUCCGAUAGUAGUUGGCGAAGCCAAGGAAGCGCUGCACCUCCUUUACCGUGGUUGGAGUCGGCCAAUUACGCACGGCUGUAAUGCGGUCGCCCUCCAUCUCCACACCUGUGGUAGAAAUGCGGUAUCCGAGGAAGGAGACGGACUGCUGGAAAAACAUACACUUUUCUGCCUUAGCAUAAAGGUAAUUUUCCAACAGUCGGGCCAGUACUUUGCGAACCAGGGACACAUGCUCGGCGCGCGUAGCGGAAUACACCAAGAUGUCGUCGAUGUAGACCACUACACCGCGACCAAGCAUGUCCCGAAAUACCUCAUUCACAAAGGACUGGAAGACUGAGGGAGCAUUCAUCAAACCAUAGGGCAUCACCAGGUAUUCAUAAUGCCCCGUGGUUUUGCUGAAUGCUGUCUUCCACUCAUCUCCCUCUCGGAUACGCACCAGGUUGUACGCACUCCUGAGAUCUAAUUUAGUGAAGAAGCGCGCUCCAUGCAAUGACUCAACCACUGACAGAAUGAGGGGGAGAGGAUAACUAAAUCUAAUCGUCUCCUUGUUCAGUGGUCGAUAAUCAAUGCACGGGCGCAGACCGCCAUCUUUCUUCUUCACAAAAAAGAAACGGGUGAAGGCGGGUGAAGUGGAGGGACAUAUGUACCCCUGGCGCAGGGACUCGGUGAUGUAUGUCUCCAUAGACUCCGUCUCCGCCUGCGACAGGGGAUACCCAUGACUCCUGGGAGGUACAGCGUCUACCCGAAGGUUUAUUGCGCAAUCCCCCGCCCGAUGAGGUGGUAAUUUAGUCGCUUUAUUUUUAGAGAAGACUUGUGCCAGAUCAUGGUAUUCGGGGGGAAUGCGCACGGUGGAGGCACCAUCUGGACUUUCCACCGUGGUUGCACCAACGGAAACACCCAUACACCUACCCUGACACUCUCGCGACCACCCCGUGAGAACCCUCUGCGGCCAUGAGAAAGUGGGGUUGUGGAGUGCUAGCCAUGGAAUACCUAACACCACAGGGAAAGCAGGAGACUCAAUGAUGGAAAAAGUGACCUACUCACAAUGCGUCUCCUGUGUGAUCAUGGUGACUGGUACCGAGACUUCCUUUAUCAACCCGGACCCUAAUGGUCGACUAUCAAGUGCUCUGAUGGGGCGUGGAAUGGAUAGGGGAACUAAUGAAAUGCCCUGGCGGCGUGUGAAAGUUUUGUCCAUAAAGUUCCCAGCUGCGCCUGAAUCGACUAGCGCCUUACACUGGGGAACUCUCAUGUGAUCAGGGAAGUAUAUGGGUAUAGUACAGUGCUCAGCAGAGGGCUCUGAACAAGAGUGGGUGCUCAAUACCUGGGGUGAUGCGAGAGUGCCCUACCGGCCGCCUCCUGACCCAAAAGAGCGCUGACGACAACGUGUGGUGGAAUGUCCCUUCGUGCCAUCUGAGUGGCACUGGAGCUGUCGUCCUCCGCUCUCUCGGUGCGCGGUACCACCCAGCUCCAUGAGCUCUGGAUCCGCUUCGGUCGGGGCGGGAAUGGGCAGACCUCCUCUCGACCCUCGAGCGGGUGAUCGAAAACCGCCCGAAAUAGGCGGGCGAACUAGUAGUCCCCCAACGCGGCUCCUCCUUCUCUCCAAACCACGUUGGCCCACUCCAGGAUGGCGCCGGCCUGACACUGGAGAAGUACAGCUCCAGUUGGAGAAGGAAUCCCAGAGGUAAGGAUAUCUGGAUCCCUCCGGGUGCUGUGAUGUAGGUGGCUGGAUCCGAUUGGCCAGCUGGUCUCGACAGAUCGGUUCCUCUUCUCUCCAGGCGUUGGACGACCUGAAGAACCCGAUCCAUCGCUUCCCCCAAGCUGGCCAGCAUCGUAGAAUGCUCCUGGACCCUUGCCACGAUUCCAGGUGUGCGCUCUUCUCCCGCUGACUCCAUAGCUGGUGAGUGAUUCUGUAAUGAGGUGUGAAUGACGGAGUCAGGCGCAGGAGGUAAAACACCGAAAUCAAGAGUUUAUUCAGUGUACAAUAAUGUAGCGCAUAUAGCGACAGAACUAAACUAGCACAUGGGAAAAUCAACCUUGGCUGCAUACAAGUAAAGAGUAGCUCAACCGAGCUACUCACUCUCACAACGAACAAUCACUCACAAAGGACAAGGGGGCAGAGUGAACACUUAUACACAGACUAAUGAGGGAAUGAGUACCAGGUGUGUGUGAUUGACAAGAAAAGACAAAACAAGACAAAUGGAGUGAUGAUAAAUGGAGUGGUAGUGGCUAGUAAGCUGGUGACGACGAACGCCGAAACCUGCCCGAGCAAGGAGGAGGGGCAGCCUCGGCUGAAUUUGUGACAAUCCUCAAUUAGCUAUUUCAGCUUAGAUUAGUCUGUUUGGCAGGGAUAAUAGCCUAGGGGUUCUCCUUGACCUUCAGUUUGUGUUGAAAUGAAGUAUUUACUCUUCACCCACAUAGACAGCACCCACAUCAAAUAACAGCCCAUUUACUCUGAUUAAGGUCUGUUGCGUUCAGGUCAUCGCUGUUUGACAGUCUAUUCCAGCCCUGGUGAAAAAUGAAAGUUAACCUACGCUUAAAUGCUUUCCUCACCCAAGAGACAGCACUGAUGCUUCUGUUAAUCCAGGCCCAACCCCCUCUCCUUCCACUAGAUAUAAAUAAAGCCUGAUUUUUAGAGAUUAGAUUAAAGUACAGUGAAAUGUGAUUCUAAUGUCUAUGUGUGUGAAUUCAUCAUGAUUGGUCAGAUUUAUAAUGCUUUUCCAGUGCUCAAAGCACUCUACAUGGUAGGCCUAAGUGGGUGAACUCACUUCAUCUCUGUAUUAAUCUCUGUCUUUCUGCAGAGGACAUCUUCCCGUGUAAGGCGUGUGGGAUAUGGUACCGCAGUGAGAGGAACCUGCAGGCUCAUCUGAUGUACUAUUGCAGCGGGAGACUGAGGGACUCAGUCUCAGACAUGAAGGCAGAGCAGUUAGACAGGAAGACU